ACACACUCCUCCCUCUAUUCACUACACUGAAUUAGUCAGUGGACCAAAGUGCCGCUACUCAGAAAAGACGAAAAGGCACGCUUUACUCCGGCUCCUGACAGGACCACAAAACACAAAAUGUGGACUUACUGAAUCGCUUUCAUGAGACGACACUUUUUGUAGUUCCACCUCGAAAAGGUCCAUGUUCACCGGGCUCUUUUUCCCUUUGUUAUCGGUGUAAAACUUCAGCUCUGUCAGCAUUUAGGCUACGGGCCACCCACCUUUAUCGUUAUCUUUCACACGGGUCGUUCUUGUUUGACUUUCGAGGAGCUUUUUGACGCGGGGAGAGAAAAAAGAUAAGCCUCAACAUCACCUUGUGUUCGCGGAGCUCGUCUUCAAUCAAAGAAAAGCGGAAACCCUAAGACAGGUGAGUGUGCAACGGUUUAAAGGUGUUCUCACACCUAGCCUACCUGGACGUUAGCCUACUUUCAACGGAAUAUUCCAAUUAGUUAUUUGAAAACCUCCUCUGUAAAAACACACUUUUACACCAGCCUGACAUUUGUUCAAAAUGUACAUGUCAUACCGUGAAUGACUUUUUGUCAAGCCUUGAAACACUUGAGUGCGUUUUCUAUUCAUGACAAGCUUUCUGCUUUGUAACAGGGUUAGCCAUCCAGCUGCUCCUCACUGGUGGUCUCCUGAACCAAAUGACAUAGACACGCCCAUGAUGUUGACUCAUGUAAAAUGCUUAAGAUCCACUUUCAUGGAAAAUAAUAGAUAUCCUCAAAUCAUUUUUUCCUUUUCCUGUUUAUUCUAUCUAUCUAAAAUAUUUAGGGAGUGAGCGUCUCUUUCAUUGAUGGCUGUAUGCUUUCGGGUUUACUCGUGCCAAGCACUCUUGCCACUUGCAUAAUUCAUGAUGCCAUUACUAUUUUUCCUUAACGAUUUAUAAUUGUUUUCCUUUCUUUAUUGAUAUUUCCAGAAACUUUUAAGAGUUUGGGGAUCUCUUACCACACUUGUGCUAAGUAAAACUCAGAUUUCACAUUGCAAAAAAAUUGAGAAGUUUAAUCAACUUUUACCACAGGAGAGAAUCAAUUUUUCAUAUUGUGUCUAACAGCUAGGGCUGGGACGAUAUGCUUUUCUCCUGAUUCGAUUCUAAUACGAUUUUUUAGAUGCCAAUUCGAUUUAAAUUGCGAUUCUACGAUACUGUCAAUUUUCUUGUUUUUCAGUCAGCAUUCUUAACACCAGUGAAACAGUUGAAUAAUUAUGAUUGUCUACUGACUAUUCCAGGAACCAUAUUUCCCCCAAAAAUACACAUCACAUGUAAGUUAGUUUUUAAGAUUAAAGGUCGUUACACACCGGGGCCAACGCAAAUAUAGAACGUGAAAUCACGCAAUAUCCGGAGGCGACUUUUGACGUGCCUGACUAUACAAAUCAAGCCCGAGGCGAUUUUGCGACUUUCCAGGGGAAAAACACGCAUCCAGGGGAGGACUUUUCUGGGGGAAAGUCCCGCCUCCUUCACCUCUGAUUGGCUAGAAAAGCUGGAAACGUCAUCACACGCUCAAGCCAAAUGGUCAGCACUUACAGCCAAUCAGCGAUAAGAUAAGCACAUGAAACUAUGUUAACAACCGUUAGCAUACGUUAGCACAGAUGAAAGUUAAAACAAAUACGUUUCGCAAACUGAGAUCCGACGCUGUGACUCUCCAUAAGUUAACCUUCAGGUCAUUAUCUUUGUAAUGUUUGUGUCUUUUAUCAUAAAGCACUCUGUUCUCCAACACGUAAACAAUCAGCCGGUCGGCCAUGUUGGAUAUACAGGUGAAUCUGACAUUGCAACAAUACGCAAUCUGAUUGGUCAGAAGUGAAAACACAGUAUGCAAAACUUUAGAGAAAUCAACCAUGAUCUGAAAAAAUAAAUGCCGCAAUAUCGCAGGACGGGAAAAUGUGACUGAUGUGAACGCUUGUAUUGACAGGAUACGGGUUCGAAAAAAAAUAUUGACGUCCGAAAUAAACUCGCGACAAAACGGUCCUUGUGUGAAAGAACCUUUACAAUGUAAGAUUUUUACGCUUGGACCGCUCUGUCGCAUCUUUCACCAUGGUAACUGUCACUGAGGAUCAUGGAAAGGCCAAUGUAGCCUCCAAGCACGUAUGCUCAAAACAGGCGCACACAAAAUCAACAAUUGUAAAUAAAAAUUUUUAUUUUGCCUUUGUUUGCUUCUCUAUUAUAUAUUCUGUUUUGAGCUGAAAAUACAAAAACAAACACUAAUCUUUUAUCUUUUGGUUAUAUAGAAAAACAAAUAAACAAAAUAUUGACUCGUUUUUUCGUUUACUAAAUUAAAUGGAAUAAUUGGAUGGACGGAUAAUACAUGGACCGUGUCUAACCGCCACAUCCUUUAGGGCUGUAUGAACACAUCCCAUGCCUCCAGCAAAAACAACUAACCCUUACAUUUGUUUAUGCUAAGGCUCUCAGUUGACAUAUGUUUAUUAAUAUCCCCCGGACAUGUCUGCAUGUCCAGGGGAUAUAUGAUGCACGACCAAGGCUGUCAUAGUUGAAUCAAGACUUAAGAAGAGACUGGAUAGGCCUUUAUUUCUUGGCAAUCAAAGGUGAUCGAGGGACCUUGGAGUGAAGUGUGAAUGCUGCAUUUCUUGUCUUCUUUUUUGCUUGUACAGCACUGUGUUGUACAAACUGCAUGCUAAGUGAGGCUCCUGUCUCCAAGGCAGUGACCACUAUCCUUUUACAAGUUAUAAUAUUGACAUGCACUGUAUGUACAUACACAUUCUGUCUUAUUAGAAUACAAAUAAUUCGAAAAAAGAAGUAUUUUGCUGAAUUUUUAGCUUUGGGAAACUGCUACUGCUGUUAACAGAGUGCUUUCUUUUCAAGAUUGUUUGGUGUGGAGUGGAAUGAGGAUUUUGAGUUAACUUUUUGUAUUAAAAAUAAAGAGUCAUAAUAGAUAAGGACUUAGGCUUAAUUGUAAAGGUCUCUUAAGAUCAGCAUUGUUCCGUAAAUAUUGGUUUAGGAGACAGGCCCAAAAAGAGAAUGGCAGGAGAUAUAAUAGGUCAGAACACUGAGGAAUGUGGUACACUGUGUACACAGCAGUAAUCCACUUACUGGUUACCAACUCUCUUACAGGCACAGCUUGUAGAUAAGUUAUUCAGCUCUUAAACAAUUGUUACGCAUAUAGACUCCAGGUUAUGGGAAUAGUGUCAAUUAUUAGACAUGUAGAGUCCUGUAUUUGCAUAUAGUAUUGAUUCAGUCUUUCCAGUGCUCUGUUUUGCAUCACGCAUGUAACUGCCAAUGUGCAUUUGGACAAUGGAAUAGAUGAAUCCUAUCUGAAAAACUGCUCUUUUAGCAUAGCUGUGCUCUUGGUCAGGGUGUUUUUUUUUUGUCUUUAUUUACUGAAUGAAAAUACCUCUCAGAUCAGUUUUGCUUUGCAGUAUUCUGUAGACAGACUGCAUGUCAGAAUUGUACACACUGACUUGAAUUGGCUGCCCUAACACAAAAAGGUCAAAUCCAGUCCUUUAUGUUCUACCUAUUGAGUCUCACCUCCUUUACCAGAGCUGAGAAAUGAUAAUGUACAUUGAUAGUAAGAUCAUGUCUCCAUCUGAUGCACCUACUUGAAAAUGUUUGAUUUCUAUGACGUUCCCGCCCCGUGAAGCUAGAGUAAACACUUAACAUAAGUAAUGAAAGAAACAGAGUAUAGGUUGGACAAAGUAGCCUUGAUUCAGGAGGGUAAUUCAUUUCAAACAGUUUCUCCUGUGAUGAUGUUACUAAUACAACAAUCUUCUCUGGAUAGGGUUAAUAUAGCUCAAUAAAACAUUGAUCUGUGUAGACGUGUCAUGGAUAUGCAGAGUAAUAAAAAUGGGUUUUCAUUCAUCAAUAACUUGCAUUCACUUUUCCAUAGGCGCCUCGCUUCAUCAUGUCCUAGAGAGCCGUUUUAUGUGAUGUUUGGCCAACAUGAUGGUAUUCCAGCUACUUUUAAAUUUAACUAUUAUAGAAAUACCAGUUUGGUUUGCUGUCUUCACUGGUGGUGCCAAAAUAAUGGUAUAUAAUGACAAACUGGUUGGUGCAGUUAUUUUGAGAAAUUUGAGAAAAUACCUUCUUAUCAACAAAAAGUUUGUUCAUGUUUCUUUUUUUUUGGUGUGGAUUCCUUAUGAGAAGAGCACACUGACAGGGUACGUUUUUUAGCUUCUGUCACUGAGAAAGCCAUAAGUGAGACUCAUUGCUGCACCAUAAUUUCAUCAGAGAAGAGUGUUACUUUCAGGCUAAUUCCUGAUCUGUCUUUAUUGUGGCCACACAAAGACCGGUUUUAUGCUCUGAAAAAAUAGGUUUGUGGUUUUGUAUUAUCAUCCCUGAUCUACCCUGAUGGUACCUGCUUGUCUGGCAUCUCAGUCCUCAGACAACUGUCAUAGUCACAGAGCUCUGUGUGCUGUGAUGUUAGCAGAUAAAACAUAAAAGUCCACCUGUUUUCAUUCUUCCCUGUUUUGUCAUGGCCACUGCCCGAAAUCGUGUAUACCUUACAAUCUGAAAGGAGAAAACAGCACUGGAUGUCAAUUUGUUUGUCACAUACUGUUGGUUUCAUUUCUUUUCCAAAGGUUUCUAAUCUUGAAUAGAUUACCCCUCCCAACCAGUUUUCCCCUCAGCUCCUCCUCUCCCCUCCCUCUCUGCUCCAGAAAGCCCCGCCCACUAACAAACAGAUGCUCCUGCUCAUUCCUAUCGUUCCAGUUAAAUUCAGAAAUAAUGCAGAUAAAUACUUCAGAUAAUUACAAAUGGGGCCCAGUCAACGUGAAAGUAAAAAGCAUUGGUGCUACUGUAGAUGCCAACAGACUACCAGCAAACACAAAGUUUGCAGGACUUCUACAAUUAGGAUAAGUUGACAUACUCCAGGACCUGAGGUAAACAGUUUAGCGGCGCUGCAACAUGCAGCAGGUCCUGUUUGACAAGAAACACUUCUGUUACACUUGGCUUACUUUGUUAAAGCGGUUUACCUGUUCAGCAGAAAGGUUGCAGGGUCCAUAAGAUCCUGAAGAGUCCCCCAUCGUUUAUGCUUCAUUGAUGUUGACCCGGCUUUUUAGCUCUUGACUGGGGGGUCUACCUCCUUUUUAAGCGCCGUUUUAUUUUGCCAGAGUCUCCGAUAUUUACUUUGUUUUCUUGCUUGUGUUGGCAGUCAUGGCCAAAGUAGGAUUCAGACAAUUUUCCAUACUUUCUGGUAGGUUUCUACUGUCUAAUAUUGCUUGUGCACAUUAUUCGAGGACGUGGAGCGUGCCUCACAACAUGAGUGAGCGGCGUCCGCCUCACAACCAAUCAGGUUGGCGUAGAAUGGCUAUGCUUACAGUCAGAGAGAGCACGUCGCUAAAAAUUUUUUUAAAAUGUUGACUAGACAGACGUGACAAAACAAAGGGAUAUCCUUAUGUUACCAAAUAUCAUAAAUAACUAAUAGCUAUUGACUGAUAUUAAAAGCUUUUUUGUAUAAACACCACAAAAAAAAAGAUGCUUUUUUAUGAAAUCCUGCCCACCCCACCUUUGAGACUCAUAGCAGCGAGCAGGACACAUAGUCAUAGGAUAUGGAUUCUUGAAGCUUCGCCCUGGUUGACUAAUAGUACAAAGUUAGGUGUUUCCAAGAUAAGUGAAAACCACAAUCACAUUUCCCAAACAUCCAACACAAAAUAUCAUGUAAAAUGUGAACAGAAUGUGAUGAUGUGCAAAACAUUGAACCACCUAAAGCAUGAGGACAACGUGAUGCUGAUUAUGUAAAAAAACAGAUUGAUAAACUUGUCUAUCUUUAUUUUUUUCUGUCCUAAACCUGCCAUGUUGAAGUUUUGUUUGUGUUAAUCAUGUCUUAUUAUGACUAUGGUUAAGUCCACAAGCAAAAACACAUUGGUCUUAGGAAAAACUUUUAUUUAUUCAAACAUUUAUUUAGACCAUUGUCAUGAUGAUAUCUGUUUCUCCAGUGAGAAAAUGUGAAGUGAAGCCAGUACAGUUAGCUGUGCUGUCUGGAUUCUGCUUAGCAACAGAGCUUGUGUAGGCAUGGACAUUAAACUCAGACCUCUGUAUACUGAGUCUGCCCUACAGCAUAUAGGCUCUAAACAGCCCUGCCACUCUUAUCAGUACAAUCCACUUCCUUUGUUGGAAGGCUUCCUUCACUUCCCCUCUGAACAUGUAAAAUCACAGACUAUUAAAGCAGAUGUAGUGGCACGGUGCAAUUAUACACUGAGCCCGGAAGAGUCAGUAUCGUCUGGUCUUUAAGGUGAUAAUUAUUCAAACCCACAGACCAUCAGCUGCCUAGUAAGAGGCAAUGUAGGUCAAAGGUUAACACUGUCACUUCCAAACCUCACUAAAAGGACAGGGAUGUUACCACUCUGUUUUUCAAACGUGCGUGUGGGUGGGCCACUUACCUCACACUCUCCUUUGUAUGCUUGUCAUUGAAUACACUCCAUCCUUUGGCUUUGAUACCUGAUAUAUGAAAGUGCAAUUUAUUGUCUAAACCGUAUUCAUGUUUUCACUGAUUACUGGUUUAAUACCCGAGAUAGAGGCACUACAUUUGCUAUCCCUGAAUAAAUGAAGAUAAACCUGUCCAUCCAUAAGACUCCCUGAUCUCCCAAUAAGCACUCGUUCUUCAUUGGGUCGGGGCAACAUUUUGUAAUGCAUGAAGAAGGCCAUAUAUUGUAACACUGAGAUUGUAAGAUCGACAUGAGACUGCAGACAAAUGAAUUUCCCUUUUGGGAUCAAUAAAGUUAUUGGAUUGUGUUGUAUCGUAUUGAGCCCAAUUAAUUUUGACCAGAUAGCUGCUUGUCUCCUGAUGACAAGGGAGAGCAAUAUCUCCACGUCACUCGGCCUACUAUAGUUUUUCCCCACCAGGAUGAGUGGGAGGUUUUCCUUCUCCUCUCAGGUUAUUACAUUUUAUCGCACUCUAAUAAUAGAAAUGGGUGACAGACAGUAGUGCUCCUCUCCUCCUCAUCAAUUUUCCGAAUGGAAGACAUUAAUGGAGAGGGAUUUGAUAAAUUUUUCCUCAGAUAAUAUCAGAUUAACUUUGUUUAAUUGAUGAGCUGUCAGUUUUAUAAGCUGUGUGUCAGAUGGAGUGGUUGUCUUGUAGACAUUGCUGCCCAGUGAUUGCUGAUUGCUUUCUGUAGUCAGCUGACUUUCGCUCAUUGAAAAGUUUCAGAUAUUCUUUCAUCCUACCUAAUUGACAACCCCAGUUUUUGUGCUUUUUAAUAGAUAUAACAUCUGACUUAAAAGUUGUAAGCUUCUGUUCAGACUGUGUAGCUUACUUGGACUGAUACACCAAUCAAUCACUAGAAGCCCUGUUUAAAGAGGGAGUAUUAUGCAUUUUUUUAGGAUCUACACUUCCUUACUGAUACCUUCUUCAUCAUUUUACAUGAUUUCCAGAUCAAAAAGCCUCAAAUUUCUCAUUUGGGUGUGUUAAAAUAUCAUCAUUUAAGCCACCAUCUAAAACACUUUGUCUUAGCUGCUGUCUUUUUAAGCCACCUCCCCCCCUCCUCUCCACAAGCCUCCAUAGGCUCUCUUGAGGGCAGAGCUUGAUGUUUUGGCCCGGCCCCCUCUAAUGUGGUCAAUCAGUAGAGGAGCCAAGUAGCAUUACCUUGCUCCGCUGUAGGUGUUCCCUCACAUGCUGUUGGAGGCAGGCUGCUUUGCUUUGCCAGCCUAGGUACCAGAUGUGCUCAGGUGGUCAGAUUGACUCAGGUCUGUCAAUGACGUCACGCCAUAUUAUUGGCUGGAAGUUGGUUGGACGAUGUAGAAGAUUGUGGUUGGUCCAGAGAAAUUACGGAAGCAGUUUUCGCGGGAGUAGGAGUUGCAUACCUGUAGUGUCGACACCAAACAUUGUAACUUUGCAUUUUUUAUUGUUAAUGUGGAAAAGCAUAAUAGCACCCAUUUGAAUGCUCUAUCUGUCUUUGAUACAGCCCUAGAGCUUUGUUUAUGUCAUGGUGACCACAUCUGAAAUAAUCAUUUAUGGUGUUAAAGAAUUUUGAAAUGAAAAUCAUGACCUUUCCAAUAACCUGUGCUGGGAGGACAUUAACACUGAAGAGUCCUUCUGUUAGAGCUUUUAAAGUACCCAUCUAUCUCCGUUUGUCAGGCCAGAAUGUUCUCACAAAGGGGCUUCUCAAAAAGUAUGUGAAUAAAACUCAAAUCUUUUCUUUCACCAUGAAGUCAUAAGCUUUAGAGAGCAAGAGAAACUUGAAAAACAACUCAUUUAUAACUUAUUCAUUGUGCCAGAGGUACUGUGUGCUUGAAAAUAACAUCUUUUCAUAAAUAUGCAGUUGACUGUUUUAAGAUCACAAUGACUUCUAAGAGUGGCUGCCAUUGCUUUGAGACAGCUCAUGAAAGACUGUGUUUGUUAAAAUGUGAACCCAAAUGUCAGAAUCUGUUAACUCUAACUUGAAAUAGGAAGUCUCCUGCAAAUCCCCCAAGUAAAAAGUAUGCAAUAAGUCCAGGAUAGUGGGUGUGUGGAUUUGAACUGGGAGAUAGACUGAAAAUUUACUUAUAAUUUACGUCAAUAACUGAUGUAAUUUUGCCCAUAUUGGUAUUAUUAAAACAAUAAAUAAACAAAAGUUGGUUUUGGAUGUGUGUAGGUAGGCUAUGGUCUCAUGUCCCUUUAAGAUGCUGUCCGACAUCAGAGACGUGACUCCACCCCAUCCAGUCCAUAACAAAGAGGGAAAGACAGGUGAGGUGAUGGUUCAAAAGUUGUAGCAGCUGGAGCGGCAGCUGAAGUAGACAAAGUCAGUGUGGGAAGUGGUGAGCAGCUUGUGGAGUCAUUUUUGUCCAUUUAUCGUUGUUGAGUUGAACUGCUCAAUAUCAUGAUAUUGAUUUGAGGUUAUAUCGCCCAGCCCUAGCGUGAAUAUUUCAUUGUAAUUGAGUAUGUGGACAGGUUGAUAAUGUUGUUGACAUUUAGUAGUUUUGCUGUUGUAUUAUCUGUACUUGCUGCCUCAGUUGCCUCUAUAUUUUCAUGUUAUAUUUGGAAAUGACCUGAUACAUGCCAACUCGGGAAACACUCCACUGCAGAAAAGUCAUCCUCCUGCUUGUGUUGGGCAACUCCCUUUCUAAACCCAACCAUGAAUUUAGUGUUGAGAGAGCAUGUCUGUUACAGAGAGCCUUUUUCUGUAUGUAGGACUGGCAACAGUGGAAAUUUUAGGAACUGGAUGUCUGUCCAGAAAUGAUUAGCAGUUUAUGCCAGAUUAGUCUAAUGACUCAGAUUGCUUCCCCCAAAAGACAUACAUGUACUGUAUAUUACCCAGUUUACACAAAUGACAGAUGACUUGGUGGAGAGGAUGAAAAAUUAAAAAAGAAUCUCUGAGCUCAUGCAGGAAACUAAAAGUUGCUCUGAAAUCUUUUGUUCUCACUCUGUUGACCCCAGAUUGAAAGGCUCAUGAUGAUGUUCAUUAUGAUUACAAAUCACCCUCCCAUUAAUGUGCAACAUCUGCUAAAGCUGACUGGACAGUUGCUGAGUUGUUUGUGGUUGAACCCGAUAUAAGAUGAUGAGGGAUGAGCGGGAACUGUGGGCAACAGGCUGUGGCUGUAAAUUGUUUCCUUCAACCACAGUGGUUCACGAAAGUUGAAACUGGUCAUGUUGAUAAAUUAUGCCUUCAUUGUUAAUUGUUGAGGUUGGAUUAGAUGGUAAAAUGCCAAACAUGCCAAGUUUUUCCUGUGUGAUUUGAAGGCUUUCAUUAUAACAUGCGCAACUAAAAAACAACAACGUACUUAUACUUUUACAUGUUUUUUAAGAUACAAAACUCAACCUGGUCUUAGUCUCAAGUCAUUAAUAUCGUGGCUUCUUGUCAAUUGCUCAGAACAUGAUGCUGUAUCCCCUCUACGUUUUUUAGUCUUAGAGCUAUGCAUGCAUACAAAAACUAAUUCAUUACCAUCACCUACAUCAUCAUAUUUUCAGUCAAAUGUCACAAUAGUGUAAAACUACCAAGUAUGUUGUAUGCCCAAAUGUGAACCUGCCGUCUCUUAUAUUGAUUCCUGAUUGUGAUUAUUAUAAUGAUUAUGAUUAGAUAAUUUUGAUCAGUCGUAGAAGCUGUAGUAAAAGUCGUAGUCAUAGUGGAUGUAAAAAAACAACAACAAAUAAAAAAAGAAACAUUUGCCCAUUGUGACUGGGCCCAUAAGGCCACUGUCACUGAAAUUUUUCCUAAACAAUAACAUUUUUUUCCAUCUUAAAUGACAGCAUCUUCAACCUAAAAUGUUUAGUUGUAAGUGUUCAUUAUAAAUUCUGUUAAAUGUAUGUAAUUAUGCAGCAUAAUAUUGCUUCCGGCAUAAAUACCAGUGAUAUUCCAAAACCUACUGUUUAAACAAGGACAAUUUAAAAAAUAGUACUGGAAAAUAUAACCAUGUAUAUUCAUUACAACUUGCAUGAAAUAAUAAAAUGAUAAGUGACUUUAAAAAAAAAAAAAUUACCCAAAUAUUUACCUUGUUUUCAUUUUAAUAAAUUAAAAAUGACUCGACAGAAAUCCAGAAAUCCCUUGUGGCAGUAUUUUAUGGAGCCAUUUUUUAAUUUAUAUUUUGUAUUUUUUAUAUAUUUUAUUUUUGAAGAUUUUACAGACAUUUAUUUAAAAAAAAUCUUCAGUCAAGCGAAUCAAUUGAUCUAUAUUUCUUAGUAUGAAUUAACAUGUAUCUUAUCAGAUGCAAACAAAUAACAGCAAGGUGCUAUCAGCAUUAUAUAUUGGCCAUCAACCAACCAGCAUCAGCACUGAACUGAAUACUGAUCGACCACUAAUUAUUAUUAUGAUCAGUAAACAGCAAAAUCAAAGCAAAGCAAAUUAGAUUUGCUUUGAGAGCCAAAGAUGCAAUUUAAUGUGAACACACUAAUGGACUGAAUCAAAAAAUCAACUCACUCUGUGUCAAUGUCAACUCAAUCACCUUUGAACUGUGGGAUAAAGAGCGCUGUUUUGAUUGACGCCAUUGGCUGUCUGCACAGUUGUAAAUUACAUUAGUAAAUGAUGUAGGUCUUUGGCUGAGACUUUGGAAAAUAAUAAUAUGGGUUCUAAUUUGUCUAUUUUAUUGAGUAGGGCACACCAAAGGUAAUUUUGAGACAAUAUUAAAGUUUUAUAAAGAAGGAUGCAGGAGCGAUGGGCUUGAACUUUCCAAUCCAAUCCAAGCUCAGGUUUAAUUAUUUUUACACAGACUUAUCCUUCCUCUCCAUCUAUAGAUCUCCAGGCACACACAUACACAAGAUUAAUAAAUAAAUAAUAUUAAUGAAAAUUACUCCUGUAACAGUAGUUUCCCGUUGCGUCACCUGAGCCUCCACACAAUAUAAAUGAUGCGUUGGGCAAAUAAGACCACGCCUAUAGGUUCUUGUUUUUUCAAGGAAAACCCCUUGGCUUUAAUUUACUUUUAAAAAAAACUCUUCUGCUCUGUCUUUCUAAAGAAAUGAAAUAAUUGAAAUGAAAAGUGCACUUUUUUUUCAUCGUUGAGAUACUGGUGUAACAAAAUCCAAUGUGAGAAUAGCACUUGCGCUUAAAAUCUAGGACCUCUAAAAUACAGGACUAACCUUAAGGUUUUAACUGACUUGGGUGCAAAUGCUGAUGAGAUUAAGUAACAUUAAACAACAAUUGAAAUGAGUUCCUUUUUGUGUUACUGUAGCGAUCUUGGUAACUUGGAGUAAUUCUAAAAGAGAGAUUCAUAAAGCCAUUUCUUUGAGGAUCUCUUCCUUUUCAUUCAUGGAUUUUCUUUGGAUCUCAAACUCGUCUGUCGCUUCACUUCCAACUCAGCUUGUUGGUUAGGAGCAGAAACUGCUUUCUGAUGGGAAAUUGCUGAAGCAUUUCCUCGCCUGCAGACUGUUUUCCCUCACUGUGCCGAUGAUUGAAGGAAAUGAGGCAGCAGAAAAGGAGAUGAAAACAGCUGUUUAGGGGUUUCCAUACACCCCUUAUGUCUUCUCGUGUUCAUGCGUGACCAGACAAGUAAACGUUUCAGCUUUAAUUUUUUAAUUUUUUGUUGAGUUUAAUUGUUGAACAUGUUUUGUCACAGGAAAGUCAGUGUUUCUGCCACAAUGCACUAAAACUUCUUUCUAGAUAAUUGGCAAAAUGCAAGUUAGAAAAGUUAGAAAACUACUUUCCCUGAUUUUAUUUACUCAUUCAGUUGUUUUUCUCAUUCAUUUAGCAUGUUUGACUCAGCUGUUGUGUCUGUGACACACUGAAUCAUUGUGACCACACAGCCCACAUGGUGCUCACACCUCUGCGACAGUGUGAUCUGAGGUGUCACGACCAUGAUGGCAAACUGAUGGUGUAAGCACAGAGUCGGGGAUGAAUCUAGCUUUUUCUCUGUGAGACUCAGAACACCACUCAUGCUGUAUUCAACCGGGCUUUGACAAGUCAAAGCAGUUCAUUAAAAAAUAGAUUGUCUCCUCUGGGCCCUUUUUAGCUGAUGAGUUCCUGGUAAGACAUGCUGAUAGAGGGAUUUAUUUGCAGUGCUUUACCGUCAGUCUUUAUUCAGCUGGGAGGAGGGUUGAGGCCCUUUGACUGUGAAAUAAAAAAUGGAUGUGAGGUGAUAAAUCUGUGCUGUCAGUGCUGCUAUACCCAAUUAUGAUAAUAUCCUUCUUCAGAUAUCUGCUAUUAAGGAACCGUUUAAUGUGCAGCUCUAUUAAAGGGAAAUUUCCUUCUCCCAACAUGAGAGAAUAUAAGAGGCUUCAACACUUGAGUGAUAAGGAGCUUUUAGGGGGUUAACAUGUUUCAGAAUCAGAAUACUUGAUUUAUCCCCAGGGGGGUUUCAACAUAAACUGCACAAACUACUUGACUGUGACAACAUGGCAGAAGAACUGCUGUGUGUACAGGUUUGAACAUUGUAAUUUAUCAACAAGUGACAACACGACACGGCUGAAAGCCAGUUGUUACUUCGCCUGUACACCAGUUCGGCUUUGCUGAGUCAACUGCAGUAUUUUAUUAGUGCUUUAGAGACCUGCACGGUCAACAUGCCCAGACACACAUACACGUUUUUCUUUGUUUGCUUUCAGAGGAGCGGUUCAUCCUUGUCAACCAUCAGAGAAAUUAUAAUCUAGUGAGGUAAUUGGAUUAAAAUAGAAUUUUUAAGAACAUAAUCAGACCAAGAAAAACAGAACUUGUUUAUUUGAUGAUGGAAUUACUAAAGAUAGUGUAUAGUGCAAAUUAUAAAUUACAAAUCUGUGGUGUGAAUAGAUGAAAAGUUAAAGCAAUAUUUCAUGUUUUUUGGGUGUGUUCAUUUCAGGUGGAAAAAAAAGUGGCUUAGUGACUAAUGUUCUGGAAGUUUUACAAAAAAUUAGCGCUAGAUUAAUGGUUCAAAUUGGACUUUUUCUUUUUUUUUUGGCUUAAAAUAAAUGGAAUUUGAAGCAAAUGGCCUUCGCAUUGGUAUGAGGAGUUAUAACACUGUAAAAGCAAAAUAAAAAAACAUUAACCAAAUUAUUAAACAUGAAUAUUGUCUUGAUUUUUAUUCUUUUAAAAUCUACAAGAAAUUAAACUUACUGAUGACUUAGUUUUUCUUGUACGGAAGAGAAUUGGGGCCAGUAUUUCUCAGGCAAUAUCUGAAAAAAAAAAAGUCCAAAAAAAAGGCCGAAUUCCUAGAAAAAAGUCAGAAUUUCACAAUUUUAGUCAGAAUUCCCCAAAAAUUUAAAAUUAAGAAGUUAGGGAAAAAAGUCAAAAUUAAAAAAAAAAAGUGUCAGAAUUCCAAGAAAAGAGUGAAAAUUCUCAGGAUAAGGUCAGAAUAAAAAAUCUGAAUUUUGACGUUUUUCUUGGGACUCUGACUUAAAUCUCAGAAUUCUGACUUUUUUCUUAGAAAAUAAUAACAAUAUAAAUAUUCAACUUUUUGUCCUCAGUGGCCUUAAUCUUCUUCUGUAUUCUUGUUGUAUGUCAAGCCCCUUAAUUUUUUUGACUAAUUGCUUGCACUGCAAAAUCAAGCUACUUUUCACUUCACGUAUUUUUUAACUUGCUGAUUUGAACCCUCUGAAGACUCAGACCUUCAAACAAAGCUGUGCUCUCCAUCUGCAGUAUCUGUCAUUCAACAUUUAUGACAGAAAACAACUAUCAGACCAGCAUAAUUGCUCAGCCUGUAGACAAGCAGUUCCUGAUAUGAUUAAGUUCUUCAUUUAUCACACAGCCGUGGAGCGGCUCAGUUAGGUUGGCUUCUGGACAGCUUGAAGAUGAAACAACACAGCUGUGGAAACUCCAGUAUGAUGGGCAUCUAUUAUAAGACACUAAGACAGUUAGCAAGAAAUUUAAUAUUGGGUCAAACAAAACCAGACAUAGUUUAGAUGAACGCAGAGCUCUUUGCAUCUCAACAUCAACCAUGCCUGUCUCUGAGGCUUGAUUCUUAUUGUUACCACUCUUCAAAACUUGCUGUAUAAUGUUGGCAAAUCGAGACUGUGAUUUACCGUAAACUGAAGUGGAUGUAACAUUUAUCGCUAUUGGCAAACAGCCUGUUGUAGUUUUAAGUCCCCUCACAGGCCAGGCUCCUUUUUAUCUUGUGUUUUGCAUGCUUUUCUCCAGAGCAGGAAACAUGGCUGCCAUUGCAGAUACCAAUCUGUGCCUUUCCAGAGCCUUAGACAGCCAGAUAUCAGAGUGGGAAGAGUGUUGUUAAGGAACAGAAAUACUGUAGCUGUAUAGCUGUGAAUAAAGGGGAUAUCCCAAGUUGACAUGCUAUACUUGUGAAUACAUGUUUGUUUGAUGAUGACACCUAUUUUGUGUGUUUAAAUGUUUUGAUUAUACUGUAAACACUGAAAAGACCACUUUGAACUUCGAUGUGUGGUUGUCAUUAAACUUCUGACGAUAUCCAGUGCUGCUGUAAUAUCACUAUUAUUAUAACUGGAUUGUAGGACUGAGUUAUAGGUGGGUAUACACAGCCAACAGUGCCUGGUACUUGCUUACAUGGAUGAAACCACUCCAUCAGACAGGCACGACAUGAGUGCUAGAUAUUUUUGAAGUUUCAUGUCAUCCUGCGGCUCCCCGACACUGAGAAAAAAAUGUAUCUAUCAGCCGGAGCAAUCAACAAUCAUAGGUUGACCCACUGAUGUUGUCCUGAAAUAAUCUCAGGUGAAGAAUUCAACAAGCUGAAGUCCAUAAGGAGAUCCAAAAAAAGUAGUAGAAGACCUUGAAAGGCCCUGUGCUCAUGUUUGUGAUCACUACAAGACAGAUUUGUUGUUGUUCUUCUGAUGUUGAAGUAGCUCACAGCAGAAUUCACUGACUUUAACACAGUGAAGUCUGAGGGCUCGGCUAAAAAUCUCCAUCCUUGUUUCACCAGCUGGACUUUCCUAAACCUGCUAUAUGGAGCAAAGAUCUGCCAUCUCGUAACUCGUAACCUCCUGUAACAGUUUAUUUUUUUUUGCCUCAGAAAAUCAGUGAAUGUGUAACUAUAAUUUAUUGUGUUGCCCAGUAAGUGUUUGGUUCAAUAAGCCGUUUCCAUUUGAGUUUUCCUUUUAUUUGCUUCUUGUUGAUAUUGAUAAACGCUCAAAGCAGUGCCACUCGUCCUUGGAAACUGGAGCAGGGGAGCAUGACUGAAUCUGAGGCUCAGCACAUUUUCAAUCAAAGUGACGGAUAUCUUUCUCAAGCUGCAGUUUGUGCUAUGGAUUUUCCACUCUUGUCUUUUUUGAUUGUAAUUCAUUUGAAUUAUGUCAAUAUUCAUGCAAAACAUUCAAUAUAUUUAUACAUAUACAUUUUGAAUCUUUUUACAGGGUGCUCCAGAGUCAGUGGGAUGUUAAAGCACUGGAAGCAGGACUGACUGAAGGAGCAUGGUGAAACACCAACCCCUCCAGGUCUAUGAGCGCCAGCUGUGUUUGUCAUGUAUCACUGGGAUUUAUGGUUGCCGUUGGAAACGCUACCAACGUUCCCAUGAUGACACCACCAAGGUAAGAGCUGAUUUAACCACGCUGACCAACAUUUCAUCUUUCCGCCAUUGACUAAAAGACAUCAUCACUUAAUUUAUACAAGACCUAAUGUGACUGUGGGUUGUAUGACACAUAGUCAGUGCAUAAUACAGCAGCAUAAAAAUCUAUAUGUCAAGUACCUCAAGAAGACAUACCAGUCGUGUGCAUUCAGCAGCCAAUCUGUUAAUGCAGUGGAAUGACAUUUCACUAAUAUUGAUGCAUUUUUAUGUCGGAUUUUUUUCAUUCAUACUGCUCCACAUCAAUUUUCUUGUCGGGGAUGAUAGAUAACCUUUUUUUCUUAUAGAAGCAAAAAGAGGAAAUAACUGUUUGAUUGAUAGUUGAAGUUGAGAAAGAGUCAGAAAAAUACAAAUAAAGCUGACCAGGCUGUAAUCACUUAUCUUGGAGAAAAUGACUAUAAAUUGUUGCGCAUACUUACAACCGCAUGCUGCAUGGACAGCUUUCAUACGAAGAAUUUAUUUAGAAUAAAAAUGAUUUUACAGUUUAAUUAAUUAUUAUUAUUUUUUUUAAUCAAAGGUGAGUUAUUAUGAAAUUUAAUCGGAUAUGCGUAUGUAGCUUCAUACCUAUUUUUUUUUUUCUUUUUUAAUUUUAUUAUUAUUAUUUAUUUAUUUAUUUUUUUUGCAUCUUCCAGUCAUUUUUGAGGAAACCAUGUGUCUUAAAGCAGCAAUUACUUCUCUCUGUAUCUGGCUGCAGAAUUCCUAUGAAGCUUUUUACAUUUAUGUGCAUCAUUUCACACAAAGAGGUGCACGUGGGAAGCUUAUUUUUUUAAAUGGACUAGUGGGAUUAAAAAAAAAAAAAAAACACGCCAAACCAUCAGACCAUGUGGUGUGCCCCCAAGCAGUUGAAUCUCACACCUCAUGGUCUCAAGGGUUAUACCUUUUGUCUGAUUCCCUAUCUCCCCCCAUCGAUUAAAAACAAAACAAUUAUCUUUGACCGAAAAAUGCCCUUGUGGACAAUUUCCCCAGUGAAUAACCUUGAGCCUUCAGGUAGCGGUUAAUUUCACAUUACAAUACUCCACUGUUCCCAGUUGACUGUCCCUGCUAUGUUGUUCACGUUUUCUAUUUAUAUAGAUGUUAUCUAAGAUUUUAACCUUCAGUUUGGUUAUUUUCAUUAUAGUACAUUCAUGUGUUUGUUGAGUGGAAUUUUUAUUUAGCACAGUCAAAUGAUGUACUGAACAAAAUAUACACAUACAUGGUAGCACUCUUAAUUUCUGCAUUUCUUUAAUAUUUUUUUAAAAAUAUUUUUACUACAGAGAAACUACUACUUUGUGUAUCUGCGCUCAUUUGGGUAGCUUCUAAAAAAAUGUUGGUUUUGUCGACUGCAUGUUGGAUUGUGUAUCAGCAAAAAUCUGACAAUACAAAUACAAUACAGUAAAUCUAACUAUUUGAUGAUGCAAUGAAUUUUAAUGUAUUGUAAUCCUAAAGCAAAGGGAUUUGUUUUUAUUUUCCAAUGAAAUAAUCAAGUGAUUGAAUUCAGUUUUCUUUUACAUCUUCAUCUCCACAUCAUCUGGCUUCACAGCAGGAAUAGAGCAUUGUGGCAGUCGACAGCAUCUGUGCUGAAGUGGGGAGCAUUUUGUGUUGGUAACGGUUGUGAAUGAAGCUGUCCUAUAUGUGAGCCAGCUCCUGUUUGAGUUUAAGAAAAAUACAGCACAGCACAUCCAUCAAUCAUUGUCAAAACAUUGCAAAAAAAAAGGUUGAUUUCAAAAAGGCCAAAAUGUUGAGAGCUGUUUGAAGAGAUAGAUCAUGCUGAGCCACAUUAGCCACUGACAGAGUAAUAUUUACUAUUCCUGGGAUUUACACAGAAGGAGAAAAAGGAAAGGUUCAAACUUAACUCUACAUGGAGAGAUGGAUAGCAGACAACUUGAACGAGAGCAUUUGGAGAUUUGAAGCGACCUCUGGAUCUUUAUGGACAUGUUUGGACCCUCACUGGUGUAAAAGGAGCAGGGAUGGACAGUUGGACUCUCAACAGACUUUAACACUCAUGUUAAUUUCCACUUCUGUUUAUAUUGAACAGGAUUAAUAGAUUAACAGUUUGUAGAGUUUGAUUUUUGAUUAACUGUGCUCUUAAUAUGCACAUAUAGAAAUAACCUGCUUUAUGCUGUUUACCACACUGGAUGUCAGCUGCCUCGCUAAAACGUUGUAGAGCUCGGUACAUUUUCAGGUGAUUGAUUGUGAAAGUCACUGCAUCUAUACCCGGCGACAUAAAAUAUAGAUACAGCGUUUUCAAUUUAGAAACAGUGUCAUGUCAUUAUUUCAGUACAUCAGUGUUUUCUCACCCCCCUAGUUCUCAGCGCUUAAAGCAGAUUAAACUAAUUCUUACAUUUGCUCUGAGUGUACUGACAGACCGGUUGUUUUUCUUCUAUUUAAGUAUAAUGUCUUUCAGUAGUUGUACUUUUACUUGUGAAGAAUAUUUAUAACUGUGUACACUCCUCCUCAGACCCGCAUGCCAUACUGUUGCUGAGCUGAAACCUAGGAAACAGACAAUGGUCUAAUGUCACUCAGUACACAUCUGAGCAAAUUUAUAGCCUGUUUUAAACCAACAGUAGGUAAGAGGGAAGAAACACAGAACACAAAAUGGUUGGAUAAUUAUAAUUAUCUUCUUUUUUCGGUCAUGCUAAACGCAGAACUGAAAAAAAAAAAGAGAUAGAUUUUGCCCCGCUGUUUGCAGGACACUGGACACCUAGUAGCUAUUCCUGUUGCAAGUGGUUGUCUUGCAGGACAAAUGAUAGCAUAACGCACAGUCAGCACUCUUUGUUCACAGUGCUUUUCCUUUGUCAAGAUGUGUUGUGAUGGGUCGCUUUUGUUUUGACCGUAUAAGAAGCUGUCAGGCUGUGGUGAUUACAUUUUCCUGACAGAGAAUGCAGAUAAUAUGUUGCGUAUUCCAUCAUUUUAUGUUGUUUACGUAAUGAGUGAAUAAGCAAAGACUAUUACCAUCGCAGUUAAUUGAGACGAGUAAUUUUAAGAAUUUAGAUUUUAUGCUUUAUACUUGUGUUUCUGCUGAGUACUUGUUUUUUUACUCCAAGCAUGUGAUAUGAUUCUGCAUCUUUAAUGAUACCAGUAAACAAACUGUAACCAAUCAAGACGAGCUAUAUCAGUUUCAUGUAACUAGACCUUUAGGAAUCACAGGAGCUUGGGGACAGGGAUCUCAUGUUAAAACAACUGACGGCUCAUUCAUAAUCCAGCCGUAAAUCAUCAAAUCACCUGUUCAGGCUGACUGUCUGUCAAGCUCUUUCUGUCUGUAUUCAAGGUGUUUUGUUAGAAGACGGUCCACGAUGUGCAGUGCAAGCUGAUCUGGCGCUCAGUAAUAAUUGAAAGUGUUUCCAUUUAGCCAGUCUCAACCAUUCAGACACACAAAGACUUAAAAAUAGAAGCAAAUCUACCCUGCCUUCAUUUGUCAGUGUAUUGUGUCGUCUGUCUUAGCCUUGGCCUGUGAUACUGCUGGAAAAUAUGAGUAAACACGAUUACAUAGAACUGCAAUUAGCUUUGUUGCCUUCAUGAAGUGAGGCACAGAAAGGGAGGAUACAACUGCAGGGCACCAAGCAGUAGGUCAAAAUAGGCAAAGGUUUAUUUAGGGUGACCAUGCGUCCUCUUUUACCCAGACAAGUCCUCUUUUGGGGGGUGUCUGGGCUGUCCGGGGAAGUUUAUGAAAUCCUUCAAACGUCCACAGUUUUGUACGUAAGUUUCGAUUUUGUAUCACGUGAACUUACUGAGUUAGAAGCGCGUAAAAGACACUCGAUCCGACCCGAAAAAACUCAAAAUGAACUUUGUGUGACUCCGUGACUCUGCCCCCUUGUUGAUGUCUUCUUUUUUGGAAAUCAGAAUAUAAUCAUUCUAGUUUAUUUUGUGUCAUGUGGACUGACUGAGUUAGAAGCGUGUAAAAGACACUCUAUCAGACCCGAAAAACUCAAAAAUGAACUUUGUACGACUCUGUGACUCCGCCCCCUUGUAGUCGUGUCUCCUUUUUGGGAAAUCAGAAUAUAAUCAUUUUAGUUUAUUUUGUGUCACGUUGACUUACUGAGUUCGAAGCACAUAAAAGACGAUCAAUCCGACCCGAAAAACUCAAAAUUCACUUCGUACGAUUCUGUGACUCCGCCCCCUUGUAGUCGUGUCUUAUUUUUGGGAAGUCAGAAUACGCUCAUCUUAGUUUAUUCAAACAGGCAGUGGUCAGUUCACAGGUAGGCAGUCAGAUUAGGCAGAAGUAUCCAAAAAAUGUGAGGCAAAAGGUAAGGUCAAAAAAGCAGGCAAGGUACAAACACGGCGUGACUAUAACUAUCGUCACAUUGACGUAGGGCACACAUACACAGUCAGGUUAGUAUUGCCCCAACAGAGAGUCUAAGUGUUUACAUGGACGCGUCUCGGAACAAUGAUUGGCAUAAACCACCCCUCUUGAUCGGAAUACAGUUUCUUUCUGAUUGCACCAAAUUGGAUCAGAAUCUUCCGAUGUUUACAAUAAUAAGCUUCAACAUGCUUACAUGACGCAUUUUUAUUCUGAUCAGGCCUUUUUUUCGAUUAUUUGUGUCCAUGUAAACACAGCUAUUGAGAGGCAUGAGGUUAAACACAAGAGAUAAUGAGGGUGAUGGGAAACAGGUGGGGAGAGACAAUCAGGAUGCAGAUGUAACAAGACAGGGGCAGGGCAGUAAAUGUGAACACAGAGACAAGUGGUUAGUGGUUUCAAAAUAAAACAGCAAAGACAGACAUGUUAGUUGCAGUUAUUUGGAUGGACAUGGUUUGAUUUAAAAGUAAGCUGUUUUCUUUCUUGUAUAUAAGUUGUAUAGAUAUUAAUGGUAAUAUUUUUACAUUAUCUUGUCAUCAGAAAAAAAAAUAUUUACUGUAUAUUUUUUGCCGGAUAAAAAAAACCAACAUGCUUGUCAGUUUUUCUUCCCUGUAGCUGACAGAGUGGAAGGUUACAAGCAUCUAUAAAUCAAACAUGAUUUGACUCAAUAAGGUCCACAUGGAGGGUUUGAGAUUUGCUUUCAACAAGUAAAUACAUGCGGUGGAAAAUGUAUUUCAUGUAAAUCAUAUUUAAUGAUACUUUAAUGGACGCUCUGACUGGGCAGCACUGCCUGUGACUAUGAAAGCCUCAUACUGAGUUCAGUUUUGUGCCAGGCUGUAAAUUCUGUGAGACAGCUUAACAUCAACAACAAAUAUUGCAACCAAAAAUGUGAUCCUUUGCCAGCAGAGCAGAUUGAAGAGAGCUUAGAUAAAAGAGGCAACAUGGGGUCAGCCAGUCAUGUUGGCUGCUGAGUUUAACUACUUGUUGGCUGGAGUGGUAAUAUUCAAAAAUCUGUACAAAGCUAUUGGAAAAUAUACAACUUUGCUUUUUAAAUACAUGACUAUGUUACAUCUGAAUUUACUUACAGCACAAUAAGAGCUGUUUCUAAAUUUUACAGAGUAAAUAAAGAUUGGUAAUCAGGCUCUUCUAAUACAUUUCUAGGCUUCUACAAAGUGUUGAACGUAGCGUGGCUCUCGUUGUAUAGCUGCUUGGAAAAUAGGCACACUGUGUGUGAAAUGCCACAGACUUAUCUGGAUACACUUAGGAAUGUAACAAGUAACUGUGGUGUUAAAUCCAGUCAAGAUAAUGGAAGGACGUGUAUCUUCGAGUAUUAGGGCCACAUUGAGAAAAAAAAUCACAGAUUUCAAGAAUUCAUGUGCUGCCAAUCAGUGGAUAAAAUCAUGAUUGGGGGUCCUGCGUAAACAGAGUGUACAGUUUUGUAUGGACAUACUUUAGACCCUCAAAGAUCAUGGGCUCUUCUCAAGGGACUUUCUUUUGAGGUGCUGGGACACCUCUGCUUCUUUCUGUGUCAUCCCUGCAGAAGAGUUCAGUAUUCUUUGGUUUGAGGUCACUGUACAUUGUAAUCUGUUCUGCAAAGUUCUGAUUCAACUGUGACUGUGUGAUCUCCCUCCAGCAGGCAAUCACAAACAUGAGUUUCUGCAGCAGAGACCUUCUUUCUACACUCAUAGGUGGUCAGCACUUCAAGAAGGUCAUCAACAUCAACAGAUGAAAAAUCAUCUAAAGCCUGUCUCAGGACUUUUGAUUCUUGGCAGCUCACAAACUUCAGUAAACUUGUCUUUAAAUCACUGUGAACUUCCCCAAAAGCAUUUCCUCUACAAAAGGUGGAGUUAGCUUGAUGGGUACGCAUUGAUAAUCUUGGAAUCCUUUCAGAAGAAUUUGUCUAAUUGCUCACCGUGUAGCUGCACUGAAAUCAUGCCUAAGAAAAGGCACUUUCAAAGUUGUUCCAAUGGUGCACCGUUCAUAAAACUCUUCCCAGAAGCUACUGAAGCUGUCUCUAUCAUUUUACUGAAGCUGUCUGUGUGGUGUAAGACAAAGGUUAUUUCAGGCAAAGUAUAAAGAGAGCUUGGAUUAAGUAAUGUGUUCAUGUUAGAAACAGUGUCUCCAGCCACUCCCAGAUCUCUGCAAAGUUUUCUUCUCUUGGGUUACAUACCUCUUGCACUGUAAAAUUACACGUAUCACAGUCUUUGACUCUUCAUCAGCUCUGUUUACAAACAUGUUGGCUUUCUUUAAGUGAACAUAGCCUUCAUAUCCUUCUCAUAAACUCGUGACCUUAUUCUUGUAUAUUUGUGACUUUAUUUUUGUAAGUCCAUGACUUUGUUCUUGUAAAUUUAUGCAUUUAUUCUUGUAAGUUCAUGACUUCAAUCUUUUAACUUCUCCAUUUGCUCUCAUAAACUCAUGACUUUAAGCUCAUAAUUUUCCAACUUUACUCUCGCAAAUUCAUGACUUUAUUCUUGUAAAAUUGUGAAUUUAUUCUCAUAAGUUUCUGACUUUACUCUCCUAAACUUAUGACUUUAUUCUCAUACAUUUGUGACUUUAUUCUCAUAAAUUUGUGAAUUUACUCUUGUAAAUUUAUGACUUUAUUUCCAAAGUCUGUGAAUUUUUUUUAUAAUUGCCCUACUUUGUUACCUGUGUCUAAUGGUAAAAUAGAACAGAAUAUGAUUGAAUGCCUGUGUUAUCAUUGCACAUAGCUCAGUGAAAUUUGUUGUGCUUCUCUAAAAUGGCAAAAAAGACUAAGAAAUAAAAAGUAACACGGACAGAGAAUUAUUGUGUUGUGCCUGUGCUCCAAGGAGCACAACAAGCAAAACAAAGAAUCUAAAACCAGUUUGUCUUUUUUCGACUUGUGUGACUGGAAAAAAAAGCUCUGUUAUAUUUACUUAAGUUUUUAAGUUUACUUAAGCUCAAAGACAUGAUCUCAUGAGCACACCAUGUCACAUAAUCUUUUGAUGUUUUUGCGUAACAGGACAGAUAACUUUCAAAAAGCAUUGAUAGUAGUGCAAGUUGGGUUGUGGUGAGCUCAACUGUUGCUGCAACAGUUUCUUCACUCAUAAAUAAACCAGCUCCAAGCUAAACAUGAUCAACCUGCUGCAAGGGGGAAGACUAUGACUAUGCAUUGCAAAACACAACUUGUCUUAAUGUGGUUGUGUUAGUUUUGUGUCUGUGUGUAAAUGAUAAAGUGUCCUGUUUACCAUAUAGGCUAAAUUGCAAAUCAGAUGCAAAUCAGAGCACAUGAUAUAGCCAUCAUGGUUGUUUAAAGAAGCACACAGUAAGAACAUGUUUUUCUUCUUUUGUAUUUGAGUGUGUCUGUAAACUCAGGAAGUCUAUGAUCAGGCAUGUUUGCGCUCCGUUGAAGAGCAGCUGAUGACAGCAGCUCUCUGUGUCAAUUAAAGGGAGAUUAGCCCACUUUAAUACCCAUACAUUACAGCUGUCAUGAACUUUUAUCCUUUCUUGGAGAUUAAGUACAAAUCAAAACUAAUACAAGACCUGUCAUGUCUCCUUUAAUUUGGCCUUGUACAGCAGGUCUAAAUUGGCGUCUUUGUUACUGAGUGGGCAGCAGAGUGCCUCAAAAGGCCACAUCAAAGCUCCUGAAAGUCUCUACAAAGCAGCUUAAAUGCGAGUUUCCUGGACACUGAGGGAAAUAUUUACCAAAGUUGGUGCAAAUUAUCUUUUGAUUCUAGAUCACUGCAUGGUUUCACUUUGGCAAAGAAUAUGCUGUCAUAUAAAAGUCUGACACUGGGCUCUUGUAAAUCUUGAUGUGUACAUGGAUUAACAAAAGCACACAAUUUCAGCGAAAUCACAUAAAAGGGACCGGUGUUGAGCUUUGCUGCUAAUUUAUAUCAUUCUAAACACUGCUUAGUUGAGAUUUAUGUGAGGCCUUUUAACAGAUUUCUGAAAUCCAAUAAGCUCAUUUAAGAAUCACAGCCUUGCGUAGUCGAUUUGCUGUCAGCCGGGGUUUGUUUCAAGUCGAGGCAAAUGCAGAAUUCUGACUGAAAUUGUUUUUAUUAUUACAAAGCUUUCCAGUCCAGACAACAGCUUGGAGCUCCUGUUUUUUGUGAUCAGACUAAAAAGAACCCCCUUUUCACAGCUCCUCUGCACCUCUACUUGGCUUCCACCUUUUCUAAUCAAAAACUAAAAUUUUCCACUGUCUUGUUUCCUACCUCUUCUAUUCCCAUCUUAACGUUAAAUAACAGGGACAAAUUUGAAAUUGUGUGUGAACAUGGGUUUGAAAAAAUAAAAUGACUUGUCACCAAAUGUUUUGCUAAAUAGAUCACAAAUAAACUAUAAAUACCGCUGGAUCUUCAGCCAGUAGAAGGAGGAGAUCACGUUGUCGGCGCCGAUUGAGACGUAAAAAUGAGCAAUGAACAUUUAUUUUGUUGCUGAUUUUACCUCUAAAGUGGAUGAACGAGUGCAGACAAAAGGUGGCCGUACUUAGCUAAAGCAGAGCUAGCUGGUGACAAAUUGGCGUAGAAGAAAUUGUGUCGUCAUUUCUGGUGAGUGCCCUGCGCGGCAGUAAGCGAUUUGGAACAACACUGCACCCUGAAACCCAAGCACUGGGCAAUUGAGUACAUAGUAGGCUAUGCUUAGAACACUCAAUUUGAGAAAUCUAAGUAUUUAGUUUGGAAGUAUGUGAUUUGGGACACACCAUUAGUGUAUACUUAGCUGUUGCUCUCUUGAACUUGGUAUAUCAUUUUGGCAUUGCAAAACUUUGGCGCAGUCCAUUAUUGAAGCAGGAUAAAUCCUGUAUGCAGCUGAUAACCCCUUUAAGUCCUUUCUGUCCACAGCAUAUGACUUCCAAUUGGAGAACUUUAAGGAGUGUAUUCACGAUAAGUACUUGUUUAUAUGACUCAAAGAAUUUCUUAAGAUCCUCUUAAUUUUUCUGUCUGGAAAAAAUAAGAUGUGGUCCUUGAGGCUACACCAUUGGAUCAAUUGGCAGUUUUUUUUUUUUUUCCAUUUGAAAGUAUAUCUAAUCUCUAUGAUGGAGUAUUAAGGCCACAUUAAGAAAAAAACCCCAUCAAGAUUAAAGUGAAUACUCAUGAGAAUAAAGUCGUGAUAAAAUCAUUACUUACGAGAAUGAAGUCACAAAGUAAAUAUAGUCCUAAAGCUUAGUCCUUAGUCCUUUAGUUUUGAGAGUUAUUACUCUAUCACGACUUUAUUCUCUUGAGUAAUUAAUUUAAUCUUGAAGUCUUAAUUUUGUUUCCUAAUGUGGCCCUUAUACUUCAUUGUAAAUCCCAGCCACUGCAGUUGCCUUACAUUAUGCAGGGUGUAACAUAAAAGCAUGAGUUUUUAAGACGAUAUUUAAACAAUCAUAACAGUACAGUUUCAUUAGAAUUGAAUCUAAUUCAGUGGCUCUCAAGCUUUCAUGGACUUACUCGUCCCCUUUGUCUUGAAUGAUUUCUCCAGAGGGGAGCACCCGACUGCUAACCCGUAAUUACUGGAACAAAGCACGGAUGAUUCUUACCAUACGCUGCCUUUCAAACACUAGAUUCUCGGAGUGUUUUGAGAGAUUUCUCCUCCCAUCAGUCAGCGCGAUGGGGUGUUGGGCCUAAACAAAAUGCAAGCCACGCAGAAUGGUAAUGUGAUGUCACUAAAGGCAAGCCGAGUCAUGUUUUAGCUCGGCAAAUCCCAGCUGGUUUGUUUAGCUCGAGGUACAUUAAACAUAUGGUAAGAUGUAAGAUGUAAAAUAAACAUUUAAACAAAGAACCACUAAGCUUUAAAGUUUAUACCUUCUUGUAAGACAAAUGUUUAACCCUUUGUUAUUGAUGAAGGUGAUGACUGCCAUUCAGAUGCAAGAGGUCAUGGGAACUGCAGAGCUGUAAAGACAGACACAGAGCAGCUCUGCUUUGACACGUUAUUUCGUAGAAUUUUAGAGCUCUAGAAAUUCCACAUUUAGUUUGAGAUCUUUAUUGCUUGCAGUUGUCUGUUUGAUCACCGUCACGGCUUUGUCGGAUGUGUCUCAGCUUGCAUGCAUCGAUCCACAGAGGAGGGGUGGAAGGCUGGCAGCAAAGCAUGGAGGGUUAGGGCAAGGGGUUAACAAUGUCCCCCCUGAGGAGCAUGGUAGGUGACAUCCCAGGUGUUUCCAGGUGGUCGUUAUGGACCAUGGGAACCAGAGUCAGAGCUCUCUCAUCAAUGAGCAGAGGAGCCUUUUCCACAGAGAGCUGAACUCAUCAUAGACCAGGAUCCAUUGUCAGGAGAAUCGUUUUAAUCUGUCUCCUUGUAGAAAUAGAUAUUUAGAUGUUGAUACCUUUUGUUCCCUGUUUGUUAGUUAUCUUUUGCAGUCGAAGAGAAAGACACUGAAAGGCGUAAAGUGUUGAUUCUCUGAAAAAGUCAGGGUAUGAUUCAUUUCUUGAAACGCCUUUGUUUUUCUUUGAAGGUCUGUUUAGUGAAGAAACAGACUUGUACUGCCAGAAUGAUUCACUACGCAUAUUAUCUGAUGGGAGAGCACCUUCUUACAUAAUGAAACAAUUUUGAUUGCACUUCUUCAAAAAUUUCUUCAGCCGUGCCCAAAUAUGAGAGGGGAUCGAAUCAACCUCCCCCAGGCUUGUUUGCCUUUUUUGUACAAACCAUCCUCUAUUAUACCUUGAAACCAUGCUCAGAAAUUAAAUAAUACAUCUUUCUACCAGCAUGCUUUCCAUAUUAAGUCUGACCCUGGGUCUCUGUUAAAAUGUGGGAAAGCUUUUAAAACAAGUUGGAGGUCAAUGCGUGACCUCUAGAUUUGGAUGAGGAUUAUGAUCGCAGCAUGAUGCUGAACGUCCAUAUUUAGCCUGAGUGGCAAAGUGGGAAUGAAACUAGGUAAACAGGAUCAGAGAGAUUGUCUUACUUGUCGUGUCUGCUGGCGAGGGGAAUAAUAACUAUCCCUGGCAAAAACAGCACUUUUGAGUCAAGGUCAUGUACUGCUAUGUUAAGUCUUGAUGUGUACACAACAUAUAGAGAUUUUGUUGAAAUAUUAAUCUACACAUUCACACGCCCUGUCUCAAUCAAUUAUUUAUUGAGUUACUUGUUUUGCUUAAGUAUUAAGGUCCUUACACACCCAGAACGACGCAAAUAUACAUUGCGAAAUUACAAAAUAUCCGGAGGCGAAUUUUGACGUGCCUGACAAUACACAUUAAGGGCAAUGCGGUUUUGCGACUUUCCGGGAGGAAGAAGGACACGUCCCGGGUGGAAGCGAGAAGACUGACACAACAGCAGACUGACUGUUUUUCAGUUCUGAUUAGACACUAAUGUUGAGAUGGCUGUCUGUCAUGAUAGCAUGAACUGAGUUGGGGACAGUACAAGAUAAGCACAUUAAACUAUAAUCCAUAAAAAAAGACGUCCGAAAUAAUCGCACGAAAAAACGCUCCUGGUAUGUAUGGACCUUUAGUCUCAAGAUACAUUUAACACUAUACAGCAGGAGGGGGAAAGCAUCUCACUUGAAGUGCUGCAAUCAGGAUUUUUUUUUUCAGAUUCAUUUGUUUUCAACUCAACUUUUCACAUUCAAUCACUGACUUGGAUUUCAUAUAUUUGUUACAUAUAAUUUUAAAUAAAUCGGGUUACACUUAAAAUGUAUUUCUACUCCUUACAUCUUUGAUUACUAAGAUUGUCUGCUGUGUCUGUGUAUUUGUGUCAUUAAAUCAGCUAUCACUGCUGCUCUCAGGGUUAUUCCAGUGGAUGAGUUUUUUUUUUUUUUUUUUUUUUUUUUUGGAUAAAAAGCAAUAUCCAGUGCUAUGAUGAGUCGGACAGGUUCUGUCAGACUUAUACUAAACUUCUGGACAUUUUUAAAGUACACUGAAAGUUACAGAGUUGGGUGUGUUUGCAUCCACAUAUUCUCCUGAGUAUGGCCUCGGGUGUGUUUCCAUUUCUCAUCCUUCAAAUUUGAUAUUUGACGUAAUAUAAAACUAUAAAUAAGAAGAAGACAAGAGUGAGUCGGCUUUUAUUAAAGUGCUUCCUGGAUAAUGAGCUAAGUGAAUUGGGGAAUUAGGGAGGACUGUCUGCAAAGGUUGGCUGGCAGGUUCACACCAUGUCGCCCCAAGCUUACUUCCAAUUAACAUCAUCUGGAAAGUUCCUCAUGUAAAGGAACAAGUUAAUCAUCCAAUACACAUAAAGCAUAAUUUCCUUAGAAGUAAUGCUUUUUUGCGUUCUGGCAGUUAGAGCUGUUCUGCUUCAAAUGCAACUGCAUUUAAGAGAAGUCAAUAUAUCUUUGAGGUCAUCAAAGUUCAAUAAAGAAAAUAAAAAUGUUUCUCUGUGUUUGUUUUGCGUGCAGUGGGAGCUGCUGUGGUCACUCAUCCUGCUCUUCACCUUCUGUCUGCUGCUGGUCUGGUUCUACUUCUGGUGGGAAGCACAUAAUGACUACAAUGAGUUCAACUGGUAAGUAUGCACUCAAGUAUAGCCAGAGACAUGUCAUUGUGUUGUUCAGUCAGAAAAUAAAUUCUAUCCAUACCUGGAGGAUAGUUGUUGUUUCCUGAAUCAUCACUCGACUCUGUCUUCUGCCUUAAUCUGAGCAGAUACCGCCGUGCCAUCACACACUGACGGUAUCAUUAUAUAACAGAGAUCGCUAAUCCAACAUUUCUGGUUUGGUUAAUGGCUCAGCCCAUCUGUAUAUUUCAAUGCCAAACCUGAUCCUAGUGUAUUUUCAACCAAAGAUAAUUUGUUUUUUAAGGUUUUUUUUUGUAACUGUGAAACAUAAAAAAACAACAUCAACUGAUGAACAAAUGUUAAUGGACAACAUUUUAGUGUCCUCUAAGUAACCCUGGGUUAGAUCACCACUCAGACAUCCUUCCUUAUUAUCCAUUAUAAUUAUAGUCAGUAUAUUCUGGCUGCAAAGUCUGAUAAACUGUACUUUUUAAAUGUACUUAGUAAAUGUUUGACAUGGUCUAUAACACGCUACAGGACAUAAGGAUGUUUUGCUCUUCAGUUGCCUCUCCCCUCCCCCUCUUCUCCUGCUCUCAGGAACCUCUUAAUAUGUCAACAUGAAAAUAUCUUCCUCUCUAGUUUUUCUUUAUUAUCUCACUUCCUGUUUUAUUCUAUCGGGCUCCUCUUUUUUUAAUACUUAAAUUGAAACCCUUCCCCCUUUUUCUCAGCAAUAUUGCCAGCGUUGAUUUACCUCUUGAGUUCAGCUUUGGUCGGCAGACAUUUGCCUCCUCUUGAUAUAACAUGAACACAUUUCCUGCUUUCCUUCCUGCUAUUUGUGGGGAUUGUGCAGAUAAUCACAGAGGUGACAUCUCUGCCCUUUUGUGUCGUUGUGAUUUAACAGCAGGGAGAGUGUUGGUCCACCCCCCCCUUUUGUAAAUGUAUACUCAAGGGGCACGGAGCAUCAGCUUUAAGUGACCUGACUGUGGCUCUGUGCCAGUUGAAUCGCUGAUAAGGUUUUAGAAGAAAUGAGUGCUAUAGGACUUAGCUGUCACAUGAUAAAAAAACACACAUGUGCUCACAAUUAUGUCUUUGCUGUUUCAAUAGUUUUGCAUGUGUAUGUUGGUCCAUGCAAGUUGACAUUAUAUCCUGAUUAAUGUGUUUGAAGAAAACAAUUUUGAUAAGUCAGCUGUCUUUCCUUAUCUAAGCUGUGGUCUACUAUGUAGUUCUCGUCUAUACAGCGUUUUAAAGGGACAUGAGACCAUAGCCUACCUACACACAUCCAAAACCAACUUUAAUUUAUUUUUUUGACACUGAAUAUACUGAUAUUGGCAAAAUGACGUCGGUUAGUGUAGUAAAUUUCAGUAUUGGUAAAUUUUGGUUUAUCGCCCAGCCCUAUGUGCAUGGGCGUCACAGUGGGGAAAAAGGUUGUUUGUGUGUUGUAAAUGCCACAAGUAAAAAUCACAUUUUAUCAUAUUUUAAGGCAGACCUGGGCAUUUUACAUCCGGCCCCUUGGAUGUCCCUGCCCGGCCCUUCGUGAGGUCCGUCAAUCAAAUCAUCAACAUGCUAUACAAGUGUGUUGCUUUUAUUUUGAAAAACUAUCUGUUGUUUUAUUUCUGUUUGGAUGCACGUGCGUACAUCCUAGAUCUGCCUUCGUGAACAGAGACAAGUUUAAACAUCGGCAAAACAUACCUAGAUGUCUUAUAGUUGCCAAGUCCCCUCAUUAUAAACGACUUUAGGCUUGUUUUUCUCAGAAGUCACUUGUAAAACUCAUGAGUUGCAGGUGCGCUUUUUUUGGGCUUGUUUUGGACUAGUAGUUGCUUAUUUGGGCUUGCUUUUCUGUACAUGUGACCCCCCACCCCCACCCUCCUUUUUUUGAAGUUGAAAUUAUUGUUGGUUCAGCCCUCCAACGCAGUUCAGGUUUCUCAUGUGGCCCCAUGUAAAAAUUAAUUGCCCAGCCCUGUUUUAAGACAUUAAAGGUGUGUGCUUGACAGAAAAACUUGACUGUUUUUACAUAUUAAGAGGGAUGGAGAGAUAUGAGAGAAACUCAGUAUUCCACCUUAUCUGUUUAACUAGCAAAGUUACAGUGAGUAUAAGCUUUCAAUGGGCCAUUAGCAGAAUAGAGGUGUGGUUGGAGCAGUACUGUGAGGUUGGCUUAUCCUGUGAUGGUGGAACAUUAUGUGCCUCUCUUUUUUAAAACCCUUCUUCCUGUUUUUCUUGUACAGAUACAUGAAACUUAAAGUGUUUUAGGCUGAUGAACUUCCAUUCACAUGCAUUUUUUUAUUUGCAUUUUUAUUUCAGACAGAGACAGGCACAAUAAUUACAGUGAAGGUAUGGGAAAGAAACGAGGGAAUAACAUAAAACAAGUGUUUGCAAUCUGCUUUGCACUCAAACCUGUGAUGAACUGUUGUAGUCAGUAGCAGAAACUGAUGAAAUAACAAAAAUUUGUUUGUCAGAAUGAUUUUAAACUGAAAUAAAAAAAGAGAGAAUUUCUAUAAAACCUACAAAACUGAAUGAAAUUACUUAAUCUAAAGCAAAUAUGUUUUUCACUUGAAGACUGACUGAGACAUAUCCUUUUUAGAUGGAUGUGAUUGAUCAGAAACUAAAUGCAGUUAAUAUAACAUUUUUAUAACAAUAGACCCUUUUGUAGUCCUUUUGGUUUUACCUCAAACUAAUAAAAUUUUACUUACAAUGAUUAUAAAAAAAAAUAACAAUAAAAAAUGUCAAACUAAAGUGUUUGUUACAGAAGGGAGCAAUAUGAUAUUUCCAGGAAGCUCCCAGAUGUGAAACAUAUUUCUGUCCCUGCAGGUUCCUCUACAACCGCUCUGGGGAGUGGAGUGAUGGGACUGUGCCCAUCCUGGCCACCACUGCUGCUGGCUUCACCUACAUUUCAUUUUUAAUGGUCAGUUCUAUAUCAUAUUGCCCCAUAAAGUUUUUAACAGGAUGUGAUCACCAUGAUAGCAAACUUUUUAGUAAAAAAAAAAGUAGCAGCAGAUUCUGAACAGUUCACAUGUUGCCAUAUGUGACCAGUUAUGUAGUAAAGUUGAAUUCGUACUUGUUUUUUAAAGUCUAACUCUUGCAGGUGUCUUUUGUAUUUUUCUUUGUUCUAAGGUUUUAGCACUUUGCCACAUUGCACUUGGGCAGCAGUUGAAUUUGCACUGGCUCCAUAAGGUAAGCAGACACGGCAUUUGGGAAGCUGUAUGUGUAGCUGGUUUUAAUUGUGAGAGAAAUGAGUGUAACACAUCAUGUAUCUUUUUCAGUCUUGUGUUGGUUGGUUGGUUUGCCCUCCCUAGUGUUUGCCUGCUGCCUGCAUGUGUGUUUAUUCAUCGCUGAUCAGCUGAACUCGUCCUGAACUUACUGUUUGGAUCGUGGUGUCCUAGCAGGGUUGUGAAAGCUCAGUAAAUGACCUCUUUGGAAAUGCUAUCAGCAAACCAAAUACAAGAACUGAACACACUCUAGGGUGUGAAAGGGCUCAGGGCUAUUUGAGGUUGUUUUGUGAGUGUGUGUCUGUGUGUGCAUGGUUGUGUACAUGUAUUAACCUGUCGUGACAGUCACUCUGGUUCUCAGUUCUCUUUGUCUUUACAGAUAGGAGUUACUGCUGCUCUGCUCACUACCAUUGUUGGGGUUAUAUCUGUCAAUCAAGCAUGGAGGCAAGAGUGGGACAUCAUUCCUAUCUCACUCCAGGUCAGGACACUAAAACACUGAAAAUAAUAGACAGACUUUUGACUGCUUGCCAUCAGAACUAAUGCCAGGUUUUAGUCAAGCCAGUGAUGUGUUACAUAAUAUUUGGGCAGCCUAUUGAUUGAAAUGACAAAAUAAUUAUUGGUGAAUAAAAAUACUUACCCAGUCUUUGACCUGUUUCAGACACAGUAUAAAUGUAAUUCUGCACAGUUUAGAGGUCCACCAUUAUUUUUAUUAUUUUUAUGUAUGUUAUUUAUUUUGUUAGUUAUUUAUUUUAUUUUUUCUAUUCUGAUUCUAAUUUUUUCAUUAUUAUUAUUAUUAUUAUUAUUAUUAUUAUUAUUAUUAUUAUUAUUAUUAUUAUUAUUAUUAUUAUUGUUUUUGUUGUUGUUGUUAUUAUAUUUUAUUUAUUUAUUUAUUAAUUAAUAUAUUUUAUUUUUGUUAUUAUUGUUAUUGUCAUUAUUAUUUUUAUUAUAACAGGAGUAGUAGUAGAUAUAAAAUAGUGGCUGGGGGAGAAAGCUCUAUAAUAAAAAGGUCUAUCUCUAGGUUAUUAUUAUUAUUAUUAUUAUUGUCGUUGUAAUUGUUAUUGUUAUUAUUAUAUUUAUUUUAUUUAUUUAUUUAUUCACUUAUUUAUUUAUUUAUUUAUUUAUUUAUUCGUAUAUUUUAUCUUUUAUUAUUAUUGUUAUUGUCAUUAUUAUUAUUACAGGAGUAGUCGUAAAUAAAUAAAGUGGCUGGGGGAGAAAGCUUUAUAGUAAAAACCGCAUAAACAGAAGUCACAUUAUACCUGAUCCAUAUUAUUAUUACUAACAACUAACAGCAAAACAAUAUUUAAGGAGCUUAGGGAGGCUCUUGUGUACUGUUUCUGUGUGAGAUUUUUGAAGUGGAGGCAUAGCUUGACUGCACAUAAAGUGCUAUUAACAUUAAAGGCAUUUAUAUAUUAUAGCUAUUAUCUCUAAAAAGUACUUUACCAAAAAGAAUGCCUAUAAUUCCAGGCUUCUCAGACUUUCUUUGUCUUUUUCUCCCCUGCUUGCAAACAUCUCCCAUAAACCCUGAUCCUCCAUCUCUUCUUUCCAUUUUUCUGAAUCCUCCCUUCUUAAUAAUGUCCUUCCUUAUCCUCUCUACUCUGCCUCAUAUCUCUGCCCAGGCCACAGGGCCAUUCCUGCACAUCGGGGCUCUUGCUGCAGUCACUGCACUGUCUUGGAUCGUGGCUGGACAAGUGGCGCGCUCAGAAAAGACAAGUAUGUUGAACACUGCAGCACAGAAUUUACUUGUAUCUGUUGUAACCAUAUGCUACACAAACACACACACACACACACACUCACAAAUAGAGGAAGAGUGGUGAAUGGUUAACACUUUGUCGACAGAGGCCAGGACUUCCACCAGGGUGUCAUAGAUAAAGAACAUUCCUAAAGGUGCAUGUGAUGUUUUCCAGCCAGGAAACCUUUGAUUAUUUUUUUUUUAUCUCCAAUAAGCAUUCCUUUGUGUUCAAAUUACCAAAACUGUCACUGAUAUUGGUCUCUGAAUUUAGUCUGAAGAAACUGCCAUUGGCGGUGUUAUAAUGGUGAACGCAACCAGCUAUUAAUCUUGAGAUUCGUUCAAAGACGUGUCCUUCAGUGAGUCGCAUAACUGUGUGCUUUGUACUGCAAGGCCGCUGUGAAAAUGAAAAGAGAGGGUUUGUUUGUCCAUACAUUUUUCCUCCGACCUUGGGAGAGACAUGGUAAGUAAAAAGGACACAGCCAGAUUACUCUACCCCAACGAUCAGUGACUUUCACAGCAUAACUAUCAAUCUGUAUAAACUGAACCAUCAAAAUAUGAUCAAUUUGGGGAAAAGUUUCGUAUAAAAGCUGACAAAUACAGAUUAGGUCAUAGUGCAUUCACUAUAACUCUCCUCUGCUCCAUCUUUAGCCGAUGAGAACCGUGUGUAACUGUAUAAAAAGCCAGUGACAAAGAGCUGGUACUAUUCAGUCUCUGAAUAAGGGCACAUGCAGCCAGCACAAUAAAAGCUAACUUUGGCCGUGUACUAACAACCUUCUGCAGGGUUUUGAUGAGGAGUGGACUUUCUCUGUUCUCUCAAAGAAAGAAAAUAACACGCUAAAACAGCAGCAUAAUACAGUUUAAUUUCUGUUAUUCUUAGUUUUUUUCCCGCCCACUUUUCAUUCACAGUUUAAGGCACUACACUACAUCUGCUUGUGGAAGCCUUAGACUAAAAAUCUGAUGGUAGCUGGUUUCUGUAAUUCUCUUAUUUUAAUACAACUGAAUAUACACAAGGAAUACUGUAUUUAAUCAUCAUUCAGGCAGUCCUUGUCUCAACACCUAUGAGAGAAUGUGUGCGUAUGCAUGUGUGUGUGCUCGUGUGUGUGGGCUUGCAUAUGUUUGUGUGCAUCAAUGAAAGCGUUGAGUCUCCUGUGUGUAACAAGAGUUGUCUUCUCAACCUCGCUCAGGAGCUGACCUUGAAACAAAUACAUUCCCCCAAGUCUGUGCGUCUAUUUGUCUACUAAGACACACACAUGCACACACACACACGCACACACCACAGCUCAUGGCUCACAUUGUACUCGCACUGAGGUAGAUGCAUGGGAGAGUGUCUCUUUUGCCACUGAUGUGAAUGUUCCCAGCCAUUGUGUGAAGUAGUUAAUAGAACUGCCGAUCUCAUCCUACAAUCACAGCUAGGUGUCACAUCUGCUUUGGGAGACUUAAAAGGACUCCUCAGACCUCACCCAAGUGAUAAUGAAGGCAUGAAGAAUCUGAAUUACCGCUGCUUCAUGAAUGCCAGUGCUGUGGUUUAAACUGAUUAACUCAUCUUUAUGCUCAUGGCAAAGUUAAAACUGCAUGAAUCCCUAAACAGCAUGAAGUGUUCUCUGUUUGACAGGCAAGAAAUGUUAUAAAAGGAACACAUAAGAAGAUACUGUGUUUACAAAAUACAACUAGGGAUGUCCUGAUCCGAUAUUGAUAUUGGAUAAUCCGAUAUCUGCAAUAAAACAAAUAUCUGAUUAUAUCGGCCUGCAUCCAAAAGUCUCUGAUAACAGCACUCUGAUACAAGCAGUCCAUUCCAGACUCUGCUCCCACACCUCUAUCUAGCAGCGCCCUGAUCCAGCAUGUAAAGCCUGUGUAAGCAACUAUGUGUACUAAGGUACUAACAAAGAAGCAAGGAGUAGAAGUGAUGUCGGCAAUGUGGCAGUAUUUUUCAUUCAAGUCCUAAAAAGACGUUGCAGCUGAAUGCAAAACUGGUCAUGAACAAGUUUGUACUAAUGUUGGAUCAAUAUCGGUAUCUGCCAAUACUGAAGGCUACAAUAGGGGUAUCGAAUGGGACGUAAAAAAGUUGUAUCAGGAGUUUUAUUUACCUGAUUUUAAUGCGACAAGUAAACAGACAUAUUAACAGUAUCAACAAAGGAGGAGUAGAAAAGAUUAUGAAGAAUCUUCAUUAGUGUCUAACGAUCACACCUCUCACUCUUUAGCUGCAUAUGGCAAAAACAUCACCCCUACCCACUCACUCAUAGUCUAUGUUCACACUGCAGGUCAAUUCCAAUUUUUCAACCAUAUGUGACACAUAUCUGAUUUUUUCAUGUAAGUGUGAACAGUGCAAUUCUGAUUUUCUCAAAUCCGACCCAGGCCUCUUUUGUAUGUGGAUAUCAAUCAGAUAUGUAUCUGAUGUGACUACAGUGUGGACGCUCAGGCGUUCAUCGAACCUAUACGUCGUCAAUAUGCGACAAACGUCACCAUUGUUCGACAAAACAAACAGGAGCGGAAAGCAAUUUGUGCUUGUCACUUCACAGACGCAUUCCAUUCACAUUAGAUGCUGCAUUUGUUGUUGUAAUGUGAACGACCGCACAAAAAGAUCGGAUUUAACAAAAAAUCUGAAAUGUGCAUCACAACCUGCACUGUGAAAGUAGUGAUUUUUUCCCAACUAUGUAUAUAAUAUAGCAUUAUUCAAUGUUCACACAACAGGAGCAUACGAUGAAAUACAUGCAAAAUAUUCUUUUUUUUCCAGGAACCAUGUUAUGUUUAAGUAUUUAUCAAGAUCUUUAUUUGCUGUGUUUAUAGUUUUUGUUGAUUUUACUGUUGUUAUUUAACAUACACUUUAAAGAUCAAAUAAAAUAUGGUAAUUUGUGAGUGUCUGAAGUGCUGGUACAUGGACUGGUAGUUAUGUCUGGAUGCAGCUUCCUAUUUUUGCAAGUCCUCUGUCCUUGGGUUUAGCUAAAGCUAGCUCACAGACACGACUGUCAGUAAUGAGCACAUUUAUAAAAGAAAAAGGCUGAACUGUUUUGUCUCCACUCAGUGUUUCAGGUGGUGGUCUUGCUGCUUUAUCUCACUGUGUCACUGGGACUCUAUGUGGUACCCCUCUACAUCACCUCCCCCUGCAUAAUGGAUCCCAACUCCCUGAAGCAACGCCCUUAUGUGAUCGGCCACCAGGGAGCCCCCAUGGUAAGUCAAAUGACCUCUUCUCAACCACUUCCAAUGUAGGAAUACUAAACAGGUCAGCUCAAAGAAACCAUCGCUGUUACACCCACAUACACUUAUGGACUUAUAUAACAACCAUAUAUGGAGGAUGUACUGGGAGAACUGUGUUUCUCCUAUUGGUAUUUGUCUAACUAGUCAAAAUUUUGAUCAUUUUUUCCAGUGCAGCUCUGGUAUAUUUAUGACCCUGGUGUUGUUGAAACUAAAAAAUAAACAUGACUCAUGAAAAUUAAGAUUUUUUCUCUGGUCAAGACAAAUAAAGAGAUAAUAAAUAGGAGUUUCACAUUAAAGAAAAACAAAUGAAAGACAGCUUUAACCAUGCUCACCUCUGUCUGUUUAGCCUUUUUAAUUCCAUUAUCUCUCCCAUGGAUCAUCAUAUGGGAGAGAUAAUGGAAUUCCAUCUAACUCCAUCUAAGAGCCUGUUAGAGCCUGCUUGUUAAGUAUGCAUCAAAAAGCCAUCCAAGACCUGAUUAAUCCAAACCAAAUCACACUUUGUUUUUCUAUGUUUGAUUUAUGCUCUGGUAAUAAUGAUUCAGCAUCUGCAUGUUACCUGCUGAAGGAUUUAUGAGCUUGGUAUGAAACUUCGAUUGUGCAAUACUUGAAAGGAGAGAAAGGUGAACGCGGAUCACUUGUGAUAGCCACUCACAGGUUCCCAAAUGAACCUAGUGACAGUGUGUGAAGUGGAAUUUCAGCUUAGGAGUACCUCUGUGAGGCUGUGAGAAACUCAGCUGGGAAAAAAAACACGUGACCUGAUUCUGUUUCCCAGAAAUGCUCUGUAUUGAUCACAGCAUUAUUCAUUCAGCUUAGUUCCCAGUCAUUGACUCAGAGGGUCUCUCAGGAGGAAGCUUUUCUAGUUAGUCAUGUUUAACCUAUUGGCUGGGUAUUGAUUAGAACCUUGGCACGGAUGGUUAAAGAGCAAUUCGCAAAUGUUGCUUGUUUUCAUUUCACAACAGCUCUUUGUAUGCAGGAGGAUUACAUAAACAUUAUGCAAAAACACAGUUGUGUUUAUUUGUUCAUUGUCACAAAGCUUGUUUUUGUUCAUCAAGCACAUCUUUGCUAUUUUCUGAUAACUAUUACACGUUUUUCCAGUUAAAAUACCAAUUUAGAUGUUUUUUAUGUGACUAUAUAAAAUGCGUUUCUAGCUUGCCCCUGAGAACACGCUCUGGUCCUUCCAGCGAGCUCUGCAGAUGAACGUCACUGGAUUUGAGGCUGAUGUUACUAUCAGGUAUACACACACACACACACACUCAAUCAAUACGGCAGAGUGACGAAGCCAAAUGACUGAAAGGUUACUUUGUCCACGCUUUGAUUCCGCUUUGCCAUUUGGAUUCUUUUGUUGGCUUUCAAAACAUGUAUCAACAGCAUUUUAACAGUGGCACGAAAAUGAGCCCACACUGAACUUCAACACCAAAUGUGCUGCUUUGUAAAUGAAAAACGUGCUUACCAUUCUUUCAACAUGAAAAAGUAAAUGACCACGUACUUAAAACACUUACUACAGCAGUCACAGGACCAGGCAAUACACACAGCUACAGCAGUGCAACAACAGAUCAGUCCAUCAGCAGGCACUAGAGAGGGGCUUGAUAUCAACAGUAUAAUGGGAGCUGACAGGCUUCGAGAGACGCACUUGGAGAAAGAAAGAAGAAGUGGGUGGGCGGAUAGUAUAGUGGCUGCAGAGUAUGAUGGAUAGAGAGUGUGCAUGUCUUCUCAUGCAUAUGCAGUUAUUGAAGAUAGGUGUGCAACAUGAUGAGAUUUGUUCCGCUGCCGCAGCGUGGGUUUAGGCCUGAUUUCGUGCUAUUAUGGAAUAAUUUCCAAUUAUCCUUGCAUCUUAAAAAGCAACAAACUGUGUCUGUGUGAGAGAGAGAGUAUGCGCAUGGAGUGUGUGUUUCCUAAUAGAGUUUGUGAGUGAAGUUGGUGCAGGCUGCUGACAGGUGAGCUCUGGACUGUGCUGAGUAAUUAGACUUGACGACAGCCAGAGCAUCAGUGAGACUCCACAACUGCAAUAAACCAGACACACAAACACACAAACACACACAUACACACACACACACACACACACACACACACACACACACACACACACACACACACGCACACACAAACACACACACUCGAAUGGAAAUUACACACUGGAAAUCAUCCGCAUAAUGCAUUCACAGUGGAGGAGAUGGUCAACAAAUGCAAACAUAUGCCAACACACACAAACACAUAGCAAUAUAUUUUUGGCAGAAUUUAGCAGGUUUAUUAUCUUAAUGUUAUUUAUUAGUUUUUGAUUUUUUGUUUUACUGAAAGACACCAUGUGUUAAUGUAAUGUAUAUCAUAUAAAGGAGGGUUUUUUUAUGUUUAUUGCAAAGGUACAUAGAAUUUUAAGAGUCAACACAGACUCUUUCAGACACACACACACACAGACAUUUACACAGUUAAUGGUUUUGUCCUUUUCCCAUCUGAUAAUUAGCCGGUGUAAACUUGAAAAUAGACAUUCAGUAUAAACAAAUGUUGGGAGGCAACAUUUUCAAAAAAGGAGAAACAAACAAAUGAGACAAAUUUUGUAAUAUCCUUUUUUCUUUGUUUUCCUUUUUUCUAUUUGUUUGACAUCUUCUCAAGCGUUCAUUAUCGAACCAGCUGCUGUCCUUUGUGGUCUUAUCUGAAGCUCCUUUGAGAGUCCUUUUCCUCAUUUUGAGCAAGCCUAAAGAUGACGAUAUAAUUGCUGAUAAGUUUGAGUCCUUUUGGAGCACAAAUUUCUUCUUUGUUUCAACUAUUAUGAGAAUGUGAACCAGUGGUAGAUCAUUAGAUGUGGUCAGUGAGGUUAAAUUUAAGAAAAAUGCCAACCUUAAACACAAAAAUAGAACAUCCAACCUGAGAGUCAAGUAUUUCACUGUAAUUUCUACAUAAUGCUGGACUACCUCUCCUCUGAUCACCAGUGUGGAUGGAGUACCUUUCCUGAUGCACGACCGCACCCUGCAGAGGACUACUGAUGUCCAGAAAGUUUUCCCUGAUCGGCACAUGAACGAUGCUUCCUUCUUCAACUGGACAGAUCUGCAGCAGCUCAAUGCUGGACACUGGUUUCUUAAGGUACUGUUUUUUGUUUGUUGAGAGAGAAGUGUGUGACAGCAUGGCAUUGUUCAAAAAUUUUUGAUAACUGUAAUUAUAACUUUGACAACAAAGCAUACAGUCAAACUGAAAAAUCAUGGUGCCAGAAAGAGGGAAAAAAAAAUUGUUCAUAUAGCCUCCAUCAAAGUUGUCCAUUCUUUUCGUGUGCUGUGUACAGAUUAAAUUUGUUCAAUUUUCCCACUUUCUGGUGUUUGAUUCUUGCUGGCGUCAUAAAGCAUGUGUUGAUUUCUCUAUAUUGUAUAUUUCUUCCACCUUCUCUAUCCAGUUUUUCUGAUUGGCAGGGUUCUCCUUACACCAGUUCCUUGUAAUGACCUUCUUUGAUGCUGCAAGAAGUAAUUCAACCAAGUAUUCGUCUUUGAUUUGUAUGUUUUCCAGUGUUUGAUUACCCAGGUAUAUUACCUCAGAGGUCAUGGGAAGCUCAUAUCCUAAUAUUGCUUUCAUUCCUUCGCCUACUUCUUCCAAGUAAUGAGAUCCAUUAAUAUGUUGAGAUGAUACUCUCAUAUAUGCAGAAUGGAUCAGGUUCAACAUCUGCAGAAAAAUCAAAGACGUCUGCGUACAAGUGAUGCGCAUUGCCUUCCAUGUGUUUUGCUUCUGCAUGUAAACCACCUUUUAUUUCAGAAUAAAAGCAUGUUACUGUAAAUUUGGUGCUAGAUGCAGUAAUAUGGAUAAGAUUUUUUUUCUUGUCUGUUAUUUUUUUUUUUUUUCAACACACAUGUCAAAAUCUGUGGUAACAUUAACUUAACAAAGCGAAGGUGUUUUCAGUCUGCACAUUAAACUAAUCCACAUAUUGAAAGACUUACAUGAUCAGAUCAUCUAAUCCUCUAAUUUAAAAUAUAACUCUGGAAUGAAUGAAAUGUUAAAACUCUUUAUUUCCCCCUGCUGUUAUCCCAACACUACACAACAUUUGGAUUGAUGAAUGAAUGAAAAGCCAGAACUUGACUUCUUGAUAGAAAACUGACGAGUCUGAUUGGAUAUUUGCAGCAGAGAUUUGAUCAUCCUGCAUAAAUAAUAAAAAAGGUGAAAGUAAUGCACAUCUGUGAUCAUCCUACUCACACUGUUUGGUUUGUGUGUUUCAGAGCGACCCUUUUUGGACAGUGCACACAAUGUCACCCCACGAGAAGAAUCUGAUUAGCAACCAGAGUGUGUGCAGCCUGGAGCAGCUUCUAAAACUGGCUUCCUAUCACAACACCACAGUGGUGUUUAGACUGAGGAGACCUCCUCCAGAGCACCCCUGCUAUCACAGCUGGAUCAAUGAUACACUAGAGGCUGUGCAGCAAUCUGGAAUUCCUCAGAGCCUAGUAAGUAUAUUGGAGCUGAGGGCUUUAUGCACAGCGUUAAGUCCUGGUCCAUCUUUUAUAGAAUGUGAAACAACAAAUAAUCAACGGAUAGAUCUUGUUGUUUCACUCUUUGGCUCAUUAGUCCAGGGUUUCUAUGCAAGUGCAGAAAGUAAGGAAUAGUAUGGAAAUAAAUUUGAUCAAUUUCCAUGUCUUAAAAAGUAUGGAAAAUAAAAAAUAAAGUGGGAAAAAUAUUGAUGUUUCCAGACUAUUACCACAGUUUUAAAAUACUGUUUUUUAAAAUAGAAAAGUAGGGAUUUCCAAAAAUAAUUCUCAAAAGUAGGGAGUGGAAAAGUAUGGAAAUUCCCUACUUUAUUUUAAAAUGUUCUAGUCCUACCACAGAAAUAAUGAGUUUCUAUGAGAAAAAGAAGUGUAACUGUAGUUCUGUGUAUCACGCUGUGUUUAGGUGAUGUGGACUCCAGAUGAAGACAGAGCAGUGGUGAAACAGCUCGCACCCGGCCUUAUCCAGACCUCACUGGAGAAACGAAGUCCUCAAAGUCUCGAGCUCUCUGGCAUCAGCGCUCUGUUGCUCAGAUACAACCAGGCCAGCACGCAGGAAAUCAGGUAGGAAUACACAACGCUCAAGUGUUAUCAUGUUGGAAACCUAGCCAGCAUGAUAAUAACCAACCUCAAUUUUCAAAGACUUAACUGAAUUUUUUUCUUUCAGAGACUUCUCCCAGAGCAAUAUCAACCUCACCCUCUACACGGUGAAUGAGCCCUGGCUGUACUCGGUGCUCUGGUGCAGUGGGGUUUCUGCAGUCUCCUCAGAGGCCCCACAAAUCCUUAAAAAGGUGCCUUACCCCAUCUGGCUCAUGGUAAGCAUCUAUCACAUGCUGUACAGCUUUAUUCUUCUCAGCUAUCAUUUUAUUAUUAAACAUGUUUCUUUACAGAAUUAAUUAUUCAAAUGAAGUUUGACCUUCUCCUCUCCCUUUUUUCUUACACCACAGUCACCACAGGUGUUGCUUUGGUGUUUGAAGUCAAUAAUUGAUGCAGGAUUUCUUGCUCUGUUUUAUUUUGUAUGUCUAUGUUAAGAGUUGUGUUAAAGGGAACAUACAACAUUUAAUAAUACCACACAGAAGAAAUGCUAAAUCACUGCAAUGUCUAGGCAAAUUAGCAUUACAUUGUUUUUAUUCAAUAUUAGAUAUUAUUAAUCAAAUAAUCUCCCAGACUAUUUGGGUUUUUUGUUUCACGAGAGGAUUAUUGAUUUUUAGCUCCACCCAGUGGUUAUCUCUGGAAAGUUGAAGGUGAAAAACUUAUACCUACUUUCUGUGUGUUGUGAUGAUCACAAAAACUAAAGAUCAGGACAAAAAAGGGAGACAGACACCAUGUACCAAGUUCAAAAUAACUCUUUAUUAAACCAGAUCAAACUAAAUUUUGACAAAAUUAGAAUAUUUCAAGUGUGAGGUGUGGAAAUUAGUAGAACCUGUGGUGUGUGUUUUGCAUGGGUAGAAGAUAUGUGUAUGUGUGUGAAGAUGCUGUAUCCUGCAACGUGCAAACUACAUGACAUCACAGUGUAAUAUUGUGUUUUCAGAGACCAGAUGAAUACUGCCUGAUGUGGGUGUCUGCAGACCUCAUCUCCUUUGCCAUAGUCAUAGGGAUAUUCUUUUUCCAGAGGUAAGUACGGUCUCUCUGCGACAUCACUGUGGUCCAAUCACUCAAGUGAGUUCUCACACUAGACAGAAGUUUCCUUUUUUAUCUAUACUGCUGUAUGACGAGACCAGUAAAUACCUUUCUAUUUUAGUUCUUUUACACUCAGACCUAGGUUACCAUUCACUGUUCACCCUUAUUUGACAAACAUGACCUAAAUGAGAACAACCAAUAACAUGUAACUGGGUCACGCAUUAAAUAUGUUAAUCACAAUGUGAUUAAGGUCUGACAUAAACAGAUUAAUUAUUCUUAGUUACAUGCUGUUUUGCCUCUUUACACACACAGUAAAGAUGCUGUUGAAAAAUCUGCUGCUGCUCUUUUGAAUGGCAUGUUUUCCUCAAAAAGAGAGCACAGUAAAAAAAAGUCAAAAAUAUUAUGACUUUGUGCCAAACAAGACCCAAAUAUCCACCGUACCAACACUAGUAGCUGCAGUGAUUUCUGGCUGCCGACUGACUGCAUUUAUUUGAUUCCCAAAUCAACUUGCUGUACCUUUUUUGAUAUAGACUUCAAUAUUCUUUUGAUUGGUAUUGAAAACAUGAGAUUCUAUAAUUAUAAUGACAAAUUAAAAUGUAAUAAAUUUGAUGUAUCUCACUUUAUCUCUGUGUCUGGGGCACUAAAACAGUUCAUAUCAGUGCAGCUCCUUUAGAUAUUGUCAUUUUUUAAUGAUUUAGUCUAUAAAGAAAGUGCUUUCAAGAGAUCAAUAUUUAGAUUCUACUAAUUUUGUUUUUGUUUGUGCUUUAAGCUGCUUCAGUGUCCAAUAGAUUUUAGCUUCCUUUACAUCUCAGUGUUUGAACAAAUUAGUGUCAAGCAGAGAAGAAGUUUGACUGUGUCGCUCCUCCCCUGGUUUUGGUGGUUCUCUGUUUUUGAUUCUUUUCUAUGAUCACUUCAGAGACAGAUGGACCUCCCUCCUGUCUUUUAUGAUAAGGAGGACAGUUAUCUUUGCUCGUUACGGUCCUGCCUGCCUAAGCUCUGCUUAGCUGAGCUUCAGUAGCUUUUGCUAGCUUCUAAACUGACCUCUCUUGUCUCCCGCCUUCUCUUGUCCUUUUUUGUCCUUCUGCCUCUUCUCCGUCCUCUCUUCUAUGCCUGAUGUGCAUGCUCUCCUCCUCCUCCUCCUCCUCCUCCUCUGCUGCAUUCUGGCAUCUCUUCUCAGCUAUCACAUGAUCAGGUAACUGGGUCACCUCUUGGGAACCAAAGUCUUCUCCUCUUUCACCGUCUUUGUCUUUCACUACUUUUAUCAGCCGUCCUUUUAGUUUAUUGAAUUCUUUUCUCUCCUCUUUUAGUCUUUACCUCAAUACUGUUUUAUUUUUGACACUCCGUGUAAUCACAUCAAUCUCGAUCUAAAUUUUCUAUCCACUUUACUUUUACUGCCUGUAUUUCCGCUAUCUCACUUCUCUGUGAUUUACCUGAAUCCAUGUGCUGCUCUGCUGCCACUUUACCGACCUGUGGGAGAGAGGCCCCUCAGCUCUUUUAUCCUCGUCCUUGUGGACUCAGUGAAUUAUUUUUUUCACACAGAGAGCACAGUGAAUUAGGUUAAUUCAUAAAUAGGUUAAUAAAUAACUUGAAAAAUUGGCAUUUUUGUCCAUCCAAACAACUAAAUGUCUGAACUGAACUACGACUGCAUUCUUCAGGGGAAGUGCCUCAAUAUUGGCUCUCAUUGAUGCUGAUGAUGAAAAAGCUCGCUUGCUUGCUUUUCUGUUUUCCUGCAUUAGUUGCAGUUUAUUGUGACUAAUGCUCUCCGGUUAAUUAAAUUGAAAGUAAAACUGUUUUUUAUUGAAGACAGGAUGCUGUUCCCACUGACAGGAAGAGACUCCCUCUGACAUGGCUGAUACCCAAAAUCCAGCUCAGGGAUUUUUCUUUUGAACCACUCGCUAAUUAAUUUACAUUUUUGUUUUAACAGAGAUUUUCUUUCACUCUGUGGUUUAUUCAUAAGCCAAAUUCCAGCACUGAUUUGAUCAUUCAAGCACUAACCUUUACUAAGUAGCUUCAGUGGAUCUGACUUGACCGUGUGCAUAAUUACGACAGAGUGAUUGUUUUACCUUUGAGCAAAUAUCUGAAUUGAAGUACGAUCCCCACAGGUAUCGUGUGAGCGGUAUGCACAGCUACAAUCCUGAACAGAUCAUGCUGAGCGCUGCAGUCAGGAGGUCCAGCAGAGACAUCAGUGUAAUGAAAGAGAAACUCAUCUUCUCUGGUAAGAUCCUCACACUGACACAAGGGGGAAGAAAAGGUCUUUAUUACUCUUGCAUUGUUUGUUGUGGUCUUGUUACCAGACGUCUGGGCUCCUGAACUCAGAAAGAAAUUCUUCACUUUGUCAAAUCAAUUUAGAUAUACUUUAUUUCUUUUUGAAGUUAACUUAAACGAAAGUUCAAACCUUUUAAUGAGUUUCAGGUUCCCAGCUAGCAUGUCACUCCAUCCCAGCAUGCACCUCUGAGUGUCUGUGAAUGUUUUUGCCUUUCUCUCUCUCUUCCUCGUUGAAGGCCAACCCCAGUAGCAGCCUGUGAUGUGCAACACCUCCUGUUCAUGCUACCACCUGUUCGACUUCUGUCUUUAUUCCAUGCACUCAUUGCAUCCCUGGUUGCCUGCAACUUCUGUCUCCUGUGCCCUUCUUCCCUUCAUCCAUCCAUCCAUCCAUCCAUUCAUCCAUUCACCUGUUCCUUAUGCAUCAAACCUACCCCAUAAUUCUCACCGCUGUGGGCUUAUACACGGCCCGUUUAGUCUUAGAAAUCAUCUAGUGCUGGGGGCAAAGGUAAGUUAAACCAGUAACAAAUUCACCAGCUUCUACUUUGAUUUUUACCCGUUAUCUCUGUAAUACUUUACUUGACGCCUAUCUCUAUAACGCGAUUUAUCGGCGGGUUGAUUAAAUCGGCCAAUUUUAGCCCGUUUGAGACAAAUCGGUAAUCGGCCAAAACUCGCGGAUUUUCGCCGAUAUUUUCAGAAAUAAAAUGCGGAGAAUAAGAUUCGGUUUCACUUCAAAAAUGUUCCGCCAUUUGAAAAGUUCCCCAACCUAUCCUGUAGAUGGCGCAGCGACCUCAUGACAAUCUUCAUCCACUAACUACCUCUAAUAAAUGUACGUAUAAUGCUUUAUAAUCACGUUAUAGUACUGUAUAACUAUAGUUAUAAAUACUCAUAAAUGAUCAUCAUACUUUUAGCAAUAAUCAGAACACAUUAUAAAACAUUCUAUCAUGACAUACCAGGUCAGGUAUUAUAAUGUGUUACACUUAUUGUUAUAAAGCCUUAUGUUAAUUAAUGAGUGUUUAUAGUGAUACUUAUAUAAGCAAACUAUAACACAUCAUUAAUGUAUGUAUAAUGCACUCUGUAUGUGGGCAUUGUCAGUGAGUUGUUAACAGUUAUAACACAUUAUAAUACCUGACUUCACAGGUAUACACAGGUAAACGGGUAUAACUUACAUUUAUAAUGUGUUAAAAUUAUUACAAUAAAGCAUUAUGAUCAUUUAUGAGUGUUUAUAUACAGUGCUAUAACAUGAUUAAAACUUAUUAUACAUAUAUUUAUAAUGUGUUAUAGAGAUAGGCCUCAAGUAAAGUGUUCCUGUUAUCUCUUUGAUUUUUGAAAGUUUUCCAUCUGCUGUUUUUUAACAAUGAUGAGCUGACAGUGCACUGAUUUUUUUCUUAUCCGUUGGCACCCUCUAGAGGUGGGAAAUGGAGUUGGCAGUGCGGAGGAGCUGUAUGGAGAUAAUGACUACGACUACUACACCAAUCAGGGCAUAAGCCAGUGAUUGGGUCUCAUCUUUGUGAGUCUGCUGAAGGGAGGAGAAAACACUGGUGUUGAAACCAUUCCUUCUUAACCACUAUGAGGUCUCCUCUCCCUACUGAUCGCUCUACCUGAGGGAGGAAAAAAACCACCCAGUCGCUUCUUGUACACUCUGUAAAUAGUUGUAUUUUUUUGCCUGUCAGAGAUACUGUAAUAUACACAGGAAUAAAUGCACUUUUAUAAAUAGACUCUAUGGCCUUCUCUCUCAUAUUUCAAUGUCAGAGAGGCCCUCUAUAGGUUACCAAUGUCUGCUUCUUUGUGAAGAUGUCAUUUCAUAUUGUUUUCAGCUGAAACUGUAAAGCAGUUUCUUUGUUUUUAAAAUGAUUUUAUUGUCUCAACUGAUACAUUUCAUUAUUUUUUUUUUUUGUCAAAGCUGUCUUUUAAGACUCAAUGCAAAAUGAAACCAUUACAGUAACAGCUCAUCCUGCUCUUGCCUUCUGUCGACACACAGCUGUGCUGUUGUUCACAAAACCACAUAUUUAUAUUUAAAGAAAGAAAAAACUAAAAAAGUCAGAAAAGCAGUUUACAAAAGUCCUGCCUUCUAUUCCUAGUGAAAUAUUCACAUGGUGCAUGAAGAUAAUUUUAUUAUUUUGAUAGUGAUUGAAUGUCCCCCAUUUCCCUACUUUUGACCAAGGCAUGUAAAUGAUAGCUAUGGUCAUCCUACCAACUGGUGUGUGCAUGUGUAUGUGUGUGUGAGCGUGUGUGUUUGCAUGUGUAUGUGUAAUCAGAAGUGGUGUAAAUGGGUUGGGGAUCGACAUCUGUGCAGUCUUUCAUGGUUAAUGUGAAUGUGUUUUGAAUGAUUUGCUGUAUUUUUUUUUAAAGAUGUGUAUAAUGUAUUAUGUGUACACCUGGCUGGUAUGUAUUUUUUAAUCUUGUGUGCAGUGCUAUGCUGGGUUUUAUAGUCCAUAAAGGGAAACCAAGAGAAUUCAGCCAUCUAAGAAUGACAUCUGAUCUAUGUGACAGUUAAACUGUUCAGUAAGUAUGAUAGCAAUAGUUAAGUCAAGAUAGAUGUCAGACCACUUUCUUGAACUGCUGUUAGCAGGUCUGUGGUAUUUAAGUGUUGACAUACACAAUGCAUCUAAAUGUCGGUGUCUGGUGUAAAGCUGAAUGCUAAAAGGUAACUGAAGUGGGUGCUAAAUGUGAAAAUAAAGCUCUUAGCCUAUUGAAGGGAUGCUACAGGUAUCACAACAGGCAGCACAGGAUCAAGGAUUUGAUAUUGCCUAUUGUGUUAUUUUUUUCUUCUAGUAUUACUGUGCCUCGGAAGUAAACAUUUAAAAUCUUCUCAUACGGGA